ACACGACGCGUCUAUAACGGCCUGAGUAGAGGCGACCGUGCUUGACUAGCCAGGCCCCAGCGCAAGCGCUCUUAUUCCCUCAGAGGCCGCUUGCCGUUAUUGCGCUUAACCAGGCCGGGCGCCUCUCGCUCGCCUCCAACCAACCAAGGUGGUGUGAGGAGGAGUCGGGCCUGAGGCGGGCCUGGAGAGGAGUGAGAGCGAGGGCAGGGCCUCAGCCGCCGCGGCCUUACCCCUCAGCUGACAGGCGCCGCCUCUUUCUUUCCCCCCGGCAUCCUCCGCGCUGCGGCGAGCCUCUUCCCCGGUCGGCCGCUGCCGCUGCUGCUUCUCGGGCUGCGCUCGCCGUCGCCUCCGCCGCCGCCAUGGCCGCCUACAGCAAGUUCCUCACCGCGCGCUACUCCACCAUGGCCGGCGCCACCGCCGCCGCCUGCGCGGUGCUCUGCCUGCUCAGCAAGCGGAGGAAGGCGGCCGCCCUGCACGGGUCAGUCGGGGGCGAGUCAUGGGGGGCCGGGGGCUUUGGGUGUGGGGUGUGUGUAGGGGGCAGCCGAGAGAGUAAGAUCCCGGCUGUCUCCUCCGCCGACAGGAUAAAAGGAAGGGGUGGGGUGGGGUGAAUAAAGUGGCCCCCGGUAGUCGAGGGGGUGAUUUAAGGUCGAGAGGGGGUGGGAAACAAAGGGAGACUCCAGAGUGAGCCUUGCAGAGACUCCGUAGGCGUGGCAUUUUUAGGGAACAUUCAGAAACUAUUCCAUACCGACCGAAUCAGAGCCGCACUGUGCCCUGAUCCCUGUUGCUUUGCCCAGGGGCUCCGAAGUCUUGCUAUGCCCUCUUUGUUACCUUGACAUCCUUUUACCUGGAGGGUUUCAACCCGGGAAAUGCACGUGGCUCUUCCUUUCUCGGGGAUGGUUAGAAAUGGCACACCUGCCGCACAUUGCACCUGUUGCACAGGUAUCGAGGGUCCGGUGGCACACCUGUUGCGGCAGGUAGACCUGCAAAAUAGGUGCUGUGCAACAGCCCCCCCCCCAGCUUGAGUUAUCUUAAUGAUGCCGUGUCUCUUAUCUGGGAUAGGUACCCGAUGUUGUUGGGCUCCUGACACCCAUCAGUCCCGGCUGGCGCACACAAGGGUCGUGGGUGCUGGAAGUUGUAGCCCAUGAUAUCUAGUGGCACACCAGACCCUUGGCUGCGUUCAAACAUCUGAGAGAUUUGCUUAUAGGAGAACACAAUAUUAAUAAUUGGUGUUUACAUAGCAUUUUAGAGUGCCAGAAUAUCUUCACAUGCACUGCGUUGGUUACUGUGACAGCAGCUGCCAAGUUGGGUCAAUCUGGGGAGGCUGAAGCUUUGAAUUCCUUGCCAUUGCACUGCACAAAAUGUGACAGUAAGAUAGUACUAAUUGCUGAACUUCUGCCUGUCACACGGUAUUUAAAGAAGUCCUACUUAAAGAGAUGGAAACACUAAGGUUCAGCUGAGAAGGGAAUUAAACUUUGCAGUGCUGUUAGUGUUCAGAUGGACACCCCAUUUCUCCCCCCUGGAUGCUACUGAAGUUUGCUCCAAAGGCUCCCUUUUAUUCAGAAAACAAAGACAACUAUACUUUUCUUUGGAUACGGAAAACACUGUCACCUGGGUUCUUUAAAGAGGCAUGUGCAUUGCCUUAUGGGCACUUGUUAGUUAGCCUUCAUAAAGCACAGAUAGCUCUGGAUUUUUUCCUGUAAUUUCAUUUAUCUAAAUUGCCCAGGGCAAGAUUUCCCAAAGAGAAAGUUGCAGAAGCACAAGGAGUGUGUGUGCAGAAUGUAAAGACAAUGUGUAAGCAUGCAUGAGUUCAAAGGGGGGAUGGGGACCUGUGAUUCUGGAUUUUAAUUCCCUUAUGAAUAUUCUGAAGAAUGACUUGGCAGAUGUAUUCAGCUUAGGAGAUAUCCUAAAUGCUUGAAAAAAAUGCAGCUUGGGACAAACAAAGACUAAUAUUUAUAUAUGGUAUGCAGGUUGGCAGCUGUCAUAGCAGGGAUAAUAAGAUAAUAGUUUGGGCAGUGAUAUUUAUAAAAUACUUUUCAUUUGGUUUCAAAGUUGCACAUGUGUAUAAUCAGAGUGAUAGAUCUAAAAGAUAGACUCACUCAUAUCUAGAUCAUGUUUGUGUCACUCCUUUCUUUCUUUCUUUCUUUCUUAUUGUCACUUGUUAUCCAACGAUCUCCAAGUAACUUACAACAUUGUUAAAGACACAAAUUAAUAUAUUAUACCACAAAACAAAACAGAAGACAGCCCCUAUAGACACAGAAAGUUUUGACAACAAAAUAAUAACAAACGUUAUUGUAGACUGUCAAAGCCUGGGAGAAAGGUUGGAUGCAAUUGAUGCAAAAGUUUCAUAACUAUUGGGCAACGAUCAGUUUUAUUAUAUUUCAAAAUGCUUUUAUGUCAUUAUACAUUUUAUAUUCUGCACAAUACUAUGUUGCCUUGAGGUACAGUCCAUAAGGCAAUGUUUGAAGAGAAGUAUUAUAUAUUGAUAUGCUAUGAACAAUAUUUUAUCCAAUGUUAAAAUACAAUAGUAGCCAUCUUUUGAAAGUGAAACACUUAAGACCUUAAGCAGUCCCCAUCCCUGCCCCCUGGUGUAUCACCCUGAUAUGCAAAAAAACUGAUGUCCAUGUGUCUUAAUCCUUUAGGAACAAAUUUCCUGUAGACAGUGCUCCUAAGAAGGGGAUAGCAUUGUCACAGUAAAUUAUUUGAGAAGGUGAUAACGCCUUUUUGUAUGCUGGUAUGCAUUGUUACAACUGAGAUACAGUGCAACAUAUUCCAGGAGUGGCAAAAUUACUGGCAAAGUGUUGCAGCAGGGAUGUGUUUUGCUCACUGCCCAAUGCUUAUCAUGUUUGCUUCAUUAUUGAUUAUAAGUAUUUCAAAUGAUAAAAAAUAAACUUAUGAGUGAUGUCCAAUGUUCAUCAUACUCAGAGUAGACCCACUGAAAUGAAUGGGUGGGGUAUAAAUAAUUAUUAAUAAAAUUAAUAUUAUCAUUAUUAUUGACUUGUCCAUUGACUUUAAUGGGUCUACUCUGGGUAUGACUAAUGUAAGAUACCUUACUGUGUAUGUGCAUGUAUGAUUAAACAGACAAGUGUGGGAUGCAAAACAAUGAAUUGUGGACUUGUUAUGAAGAUAGUAUUACUAUUUAAUAUUUGAGUGCCUGGACCGUAAUAAGUGUUAAUAUAUAUCAAUGAAGUGACAUAAUUUCUGCCCAGAAAUUUACACAGUACAAUGGUACCUCGGGUUACAUACGCUUCAGGUUACAGACUCCGCUAACCCAGAAAUAGUACCUCGGGUUAAGAACUUUGCUUCAGGAUGAGAACAGAAAUCGUGCUCCAGCGGUGCGGCAGCAGCAGGAGACCCCAUUAGCUAAAGUGGUGCUUCAGGUUAAGAACAGUUUCAGGUUAAGAACGGACCUCCGGAACGAAUUAAGUACUUAACCCGAGGUACCACUGUAGUUGGUUACUUCAAGACUGGAUUACUGCAAUGUGCUCUGUGUGGGGCUUCCCUUGCACUUGAUCAGAAGGCUGCAGUUAGUGCAGAAUGCUGCGGCACAACUGCUGACAGGAGUGAGGCCUUAUCAGCAUAUAACAUCUGUACUCAGAGAUCUGCACUGGUGGCCAAUUUGCUACUGGGCCAAGUUCAGUGUGUUCCUAUUAGUAUAUAAAGCCCUUUGAAACUUGGGAGCAGCUUAUGAGAUUGUCUUACCCAACAUGGGCCCAAUCAACUGCUUUGAUUGGCAGAAUUGGCACUACUACAGGUGCCACAUACUACCUGUUCCACAUUUGUAAGAACUCAGUUGUUUAGUGUGGCAGCACUUAACACUUUGGAACUCCCUGCCUAUUUAGAUCAAGCAGGUGUCUUCACUGUACUCUUUUCAGCACCUGCUAAAAACAUUCUUGUUUAGAUAAGCCUACCUAGAUGCCUAGAAAGUUGUGGUGAUUUUAAUCUGUUUUAGCAUUUUAACUUUCAUAUGUUUUUAAGUACAGUAUUUUAUUUAUUUAUCUUUGAGGGGGUUUUUUCAUAAUCAAGCAGCAUAUAGAUUUUAUGAAAUAAAUAAGAAUAUUGAAAACUGUGGCAGAUGUAGUAAGCUUGAUGAAGCACUCUGCAAGUCCAUGAAAAAGUUAAGUUAGCUUUUGAACUCAUACAUUUAAACUUUCUUGUCUCACCUGUAGAAGGAGAAACAUAUCUAUAUUCUUUGUAAAUGCCAUAUGGUAACCUUGUAUAUCCUGGUAUAGUAUAAAAAUAGUCCCAUUACCUCCUAUUUGCAAGUACUGUUUACUUAUAUGAACAUUUGCUUGAAUAAAAUAACCUUAUUUCUACACCAGAGCCAGUUUGCCAAGCUGAUUUAAGUGCCAAACUGAAAUAACAUGCAAUCAGAUGUUGUAAUACAAAGUCCAAAGUAGCUUGCCAUAUACUUGUUUACAUCCUCUCUUCGGUAACCGAGACUCUUCUGCUUUUAGAAGCUAACAAACUAUUAUUACUAUUAUUAUUAAAUAACAUUUAAUUGGGUUUCAUAAACAAGGAACAUAGGAACAAUCAUAAUAAACAUAGGAAGAAUAAAUAGACCAAAUAGUCUCAUGCCCUUUGUAUAUCAUAAUAUCAUAAUAAAUAUCAUAAUAAAUUUGCAGUAAUAUCUGCAACAUAUGGUUCAUUAUUAGUGGUCAGUGUAGAAGUUCUUGGUUUGUGAAUUGGUUUAAACAAAAAACAAAGGAGGGAAAAGCGGAGGUUGGAAUUCCCUCAAUUAGAUCGCUUUCCAAUUGGACCUAUUGUUUUGAGGUAUCAUCUAAAAUAAAGUGGAUGGCAUGUCAUACUUGGUUAGCAAUAAAAUAUAGUUUCAGGUUUGGGAUACCACAGCCUCCUUCCACUGUGGGGAGGUACAGGAGUUUGGCAUUUAUUUUGAGUCCUUUGCAGGAAAAAAUAAAUGAAUUUAAUUUUUUUUCUGCUACCUUCAUAUCUGGUUGAGUGGGAUCCAAAGUGGGAAUCAUUGGAAUAGAAAUCACAGUUUUGGUAGAUCAUCAUUUUACCAUUGCUAAACUGUUUCUGAGGGUAAAAUGGGUGUUGCUCUAUUUUUUUCAAAUUUUGAAGAAUUGUCUGCCAUACGGGGGGUUGUUUCGUUAAUACAGUCUACUAAGGUUUCUUGUUGCAAUUUUUCCUAAAUAGCUAAGCAUUGUAUGACAGAGUCUAAUGCAGGGGUCAGCAACCUUUUUCAGCCGUGGGCUGGUCCACCGUCCCUCAGAUCACGUGGUGGGCUGGACUAUAUUUUGAAAAAAAUAAUGAACAAAUUCCUAUGCCCCACAAAUAACCCAGAGAUGCAUUUUAAAUAAAAGCACACAUUCUACUCAUGUAAAAACACCAGGCAGGCCCCACAAAUAACCCAGAGAUGCAUUUUAAAUAAAAGGACGCAUUCUACUCAUGUAAAAACACGCUGAUUCCUGGACUGUCUGUUGGCCGGAUUGAGAAGGCGAUUGGGCUGCAUCCAGCCCACGGCCCUUAGGUUGCCUGCCCCUGGUCUAAUGCCUGUGUGUUCUGUGAAUGCUUUUUGCAUCUUAGGUGGUACACUGAAGCAUAAAGCUUCCGAUUUUGAGAAGUUAACCUGCAGGCCUGUUAGUGUUGCAAAGUUGUUAAGCUCUUGAAGUAUGGCUGCUUCCGUGUUCAAGAGGUCAGGUGGGUCAUAAUAAUUAAAUCAUCAGCAAAUAGCCAAUCAUGCAUGUAAUGGGUUUAGGGGUUGCUCGUGCGUAAGUUGCCGCCACUCCUGGCUAGGUUACCUGGUUAACCCUUUCUGACUGAACAGCCUCCAGCAUCGUGACUGUCUCAGUCGCUGGCAGAAUCCGUCAGUGGGCGUUUCUUAAACCUUUUCCAGCAUAAAAGUUGUUUGACGCCAAGUCUCCUCCUACUCUCCCUGCGCGGAAGUCUUCUGCGCAGGGAGGGUGUGGGCAGUGGAGUACCCAUACUCUCUCCGCUGGUCUCCAGCGAAGAGUCUUGGAGCCUCCUCCCCGAUUCCCCCACCUGCCCCCCUUCUCCACUGGUGUUACGCUGAUUUCCUUCCCCAGCAGAUGGGCUGCCUCUCUCCCUACUGGGACCCUCUCCUGCAUCCCUUUGGAGCCUUCCCUCCGCCUCUAGCUCCGAUGGCAGUUCCCUGACAAUGCAGUUUUGUUUUUCAGUUUGGACUCUCUUAAUGUCUGGUGGUAUUCAGAGGCAUAUAGCUAAUGGUUCUAAAGCUAGGAUGAACAAAAAGGUAGAGGGUAGACAGCCUUUCUUUGUUACCUGUCAAAUCCUUACCAGGGAUAAAUUUAUAUUGCUUAUUCUGUUGAUAUAUACUAUUGUUGUACUGUGUGUUUUGGGUCUAUGGACUGCAGUAAAGCUGUGUGUGUGUUUAUUCUUACUGUGGCAGAAGAUGCAGAGUGUAUUUGUUUCAUAAUGUGUAUAAAUUUCGGGUCAAUUGCAAUUUAGAUAGAACUGCCAGCAAGUAGUCCCAUUCUAGGCAGUCAAAGGCCUUGAGAAUGUCCAAGGCCAUGACUACCAGUGGGGAAGUUGUCCAUAUCACAUUUGAUUAUGUUUAAAAGUUUUCUGAUUGGUUCGUUGAUGUUACAAUGGGGAACAAAACCAGCUUGGUCUGGGGCUAUUUGUGCAAAAAUAUAUCAAUCCUGUUGACAAGCACUGAUGUAAAGAUUUUGUAAUCCUGGUUAAUCAGAGAUUGGCCAAAAAGAUUUUACCUUCUGCUGGUUUUCAAAUGGUUUUAGGAUAGUUGCAAUCUUGGAGUGGUACCAUGUUUUGGGGAGGGGUUCCCUUCUCAUUAGGUUGUUAAAUAGGUAGCCCAUAAUGUAAUAAUGUUUCUUUGAAUUGUUUAUAAAACUUGGAAGUGAAGCCAUCAGGUCCUGAGCCUUUAUGUGGUUUUAAUUUUUUAAUAACAGUCAAUUUCUUCAAGGGAGAAGGGACUAACUAAAAAGGUUUUCUUAUCAUGAGUAAGUGAAGAUAAUGGGUAAGUUUUCUAAGAAAUUAUGGAUAUCAAUUUUUAUUUGGGGAUUGUGUGGUAUAUAAUUUAGAAUUAAAGAAGGCAGCCCAAGUCGAGUGUGUUUGUGUGUGUGUCUAUCUUAAAGAAAUAAGAAUCGGUAUAUCGUGAGCCAUAAAUAGUGAAAACGAGCUGCUGAGUGGCAGUUCUUAUAUAGAAAAUGGCUAUUUCCAAUCAAAGUAAUAAUGGACCCAAGUUGUCAAAUCUAAGGCUAGGGAUCCCUACCAUAGCCUUUAGUACCCCUACCACACUACCUACAAAUUAUUGAUCUGGAUUCAGGGUUAGAAAGCAAACACCUUUUCUGCAGCAGAAGGACUAUCAUACAAUGGCUGCCCAUAACACUAAACUUUUGUUUACCUGACACAAAGGUUUAAAGAGACAUGUGGGAUCUUCUCUCCCUUGAAGAAGAUAAGAAACAGCUUGUGAGGAAAGGAUGUGUGUUGUUUGUUGUCCUUCUGGCUGGAGGAAAGAGGCACUUGUCACUGGUGAAAAGAUUUGUACGUGCCUACAUUAGGACACCUGUUCUAAUUAAUCCAUUUGUUUACAAUGUUUCAUCCCAAUUUGAUGUUGACUUUGAUUAGAAUGUUGUGCAAUUUAUUGUUAAGGGCUUUAUAGUCUGUAUUACCAACUCUCCUGACAAGAGUUUGAUCAUGAUUACCGAGUUCCGUGGGUGUUAAAAUGGUGAUGCAAACUCAAGCAAGCAUAUUGACCUUUCCCCUACUGAAAGGAAUUUUGCUUGGUUAUUACAGUGUAGGAAGUUUGAUAUUGGUGAACAUGAGUCAUUCAAUAAACUUUACUCUUUGCCCCAAUGGCGUUGGGGGAACAAGGUGAAAGUUGAGGGCAGACAACCUGAGAAAUACUGUUGUGACCGGCCUGUAAAUAGUAGCAUUGCAUUGUAUAUGUCCUUGAAUGUUUGCAGGUUGCAUGUUUCUGAAGCCAUUGGGUCUUUCAUUUCACUAGAAAGGGGUGGGGAGCCUCAGGGUUGUGUGUCUGGCCCUCAGGACCCUCCCUAGGCCAUGAUCUCUCCCUGGGACAUGUAGCCUCUUCUAUGGCCAUAACCCCCUCACUGCUUCACACCCUCCUUGAGUGAUGGUCCUUGAACUGGAAUGUGUCCUUGAACUAUCCAUACUAUCCAUUGCUUGCCUGAAUGGAGCGUGUCUGUGCGUGUAAAUCUGACUUUUGUGUGUCCGGAAUGUAACCUACCAUACAAAGGUAAGAGUCAAAGCCAUUCCCCCUGGAAGGGUUUUAUGCGGGAAUUUGGCCCUUCAGCUGAAAAAGUUUUCCCACGCCUGCAUUAGCGCUAGAUGUUCCAUGUAAAGAUCGAACUGUUUAGUGUUGUCAUAUUUCAAAAAGUGAAAAUAAUCCGGACACAAAAGUUGGCGGCUGGGGGGAGGGGAGUUGUUGAGCUUACCAGCUGUAUGGUAACCCUAGAACCGUUCUAACUGGGUACCUGUGACAAAAGAUUUCGGCAAAUACUUCAGAUGAUUUGUGGAAUGGCGUGAGACUUCCUUCUUCCUUAAGGCACAUGAAAACUGAUCAGUGAAAGGGAGAGUUCACGUCUUGUCUGCUAUCAGUAAGCUUAGGCCUUAGUUGACACCUUGAAGACUCUGGCUUUUUUCUUUUUUUAAGUGAUGGUCACAUUCCACUUCUCUCAUAAGAACAUAAAAAGUGUCCAACUAGGUCAGACUAUGGCUUGGCUUGCACAAUGUGGUAAUACAAACCAUGGCUGACUGGGACUGCAUGUGUGUGCUGGCAUCUGGAGCAGAACUCGCAUCCUAGUCCUUUUAGCUCAGCUCAGUUCAUUUUAUUUAUUUCAUAAAAUUUAUGUACCGUUUGAUUGUAAGAAAACCCUCAAAGUGCUUUAUGAAAGGUAAAACAGGAAAAUCGGGGGGAAAUUGCAACCCUACUUUAAAACAUACAAAAGUUAAAUACUAAAAUAUAUUAAAAUGACAUCAAUGUUCUCAGCAUCUGGGUAGGCAGGCACUGAAAAGAGUGCAGUGAUUGUCACUUAUUGGUGUCAAUAGGCAGGGAGUUACAAAGUGCAGGUGCUGUCACACUAAAUCAGAGGUUUUCAACCUUUCUGAGUCCACGGCUCCCUUGACAACUAAAUUCUUUCUGCGACACCCCUCUGGGGCUCGGGAGCCCAGUUAUGUCACCCCUUUAUUGCACAACUAGCAGCCUCUCACCCUUUCUCGAAUACCCUUCUUUGUGGAGUGCUCCCUCAGCCUCCUCUCCCCUCCCCUCUCCUUGAAAGUCUUCUGGGCAGCCGCUGCUGCCACCCCUGGUCUCUGAGCUGCCCCCCUCCCCUAAAGAGAGGUGCCUCCUCACACUGCCCCAUAGGGCCUGGGGCUUGUCUGUCCAUUCCCAACAGCAAGGGCUGGCGGACUGGCUGGCUGGGGUCCCUUGCCCGUUUGCUUGCUUACUCCGAGGCCGCUUCAGCUCCUGGCAACCAGCACCCCCUGGCCAGCCCAGCGGCACCAUUCGCCUGGGGAGCUUGUAGCCAGGGCUGCUGCAACAAACAGCUGUGCAAGCCUUUUGGAGGCAGAGAUGCAAGGGCAUCAGAGGAGGGAGGGAAGGAAAGAGAGACAGAGGCUAGGGUUGCCUGUGGCACCCCUGACCAUCAUUCAAGGCACCCCAGGGUGCCACAGCACUGUACUAAACAAUCGAGUUCUUACAAAUGCAGAACGGGUGCUGUGUAGCACCUGCAGUAGUGCCUGUUUCACCAAUCAAAGCAGUUGCAUGAUCAGAUGUAGGGUGGGGCAAACUCGUAGGUAAAACUGUCCCAAGUUGUUAAGGGCUUUAUAAACUAACACCUUGAUUGCUAAGCCAAGGUUUGGCUUUGCAUGUUGUGCAAACCUGGGACUGUGGUUAAGCUCUCUCCUCGUUGUGGUUUGGCUUAGUGUUGUGUGUGGACGCAGUCCCAAGGUCCAUCUAGUCCAGCAUUCUUUCUUGCAGUCAGGUUCUUUGGGGAAGUAUACCUGCAGGCCAUGAAGGCGACUGUGGUCUCCCCUGUUUGGCCUCAGCAUCCACUCUCAGUCACCAUUUUUUCUGGGCUAGUAGCUAGAUUCUUUGUAGUGCUGAAAAGCACUCCUGCAUUUUCUUCCUUUCAGUCUCUCCCAAAAGAAUAUCAUGAGACUUGACUAGCACAGAGGUCUUAGAACAUAACUUGCACAAAGGCCUACUGUUUGCUCCUGUGGCUUAAUGUUGCAUAAAUGUGCGGCUCUGUAGCCCAAAGGUUGUAUUGUGCAGUGGAAUACAAAGAGAGAACAGGAAAAAGGGGAAGAUAAUACAGUUGGGGUGAGAGUCAAGUUAUUAUAGUCAGGACUGCAGCUUUUUCAUUAAUCACUUAGAAUCAAUGAUUCAGAACAGUUUGAUCAACUAAAAAUGCGCUCCCAGUCAAUUCAAGUACUUAUAAGAACUGCAGGUGGCAAGUGCUGUCUUGAAAGAGCCAUUCCUUCAUGUAUGAGAAAAAAUGUGUUUGUUGUGGACAUGCUCAGAUCACUGAAAAAGAAAGCUUUGCUUUUAUUUAGAACUAUUUUUGUUGUACGUAAAUUUACUGAGAUUUUAACCAUUGACUUCAGUCAAUUGACUUAAGGUUUUUCUUUAGCUGGCUCACAGUCCUUGUUACAGUGGUUUGUGUAUUUUAGCACAUUGUUUUCCUAGCUUUUUAAAGUGUUAUAGAAGCAUCACAAAAGAGGUUUUUGGAGAGUAGUAAGUACCCAACAAGGACAAAAUAUUCCCAGAAGAAACCGUUGAAGGAAUUUGCAGUUGUGGGCAAGUGUCUUGUGUGUACUGUUCUGAUGCAUAAAUCUGUACACUCAUUUGCCUGCUGGCAGAAGAAAGCUCUUCUAGGUAAAAGGUAAUGUAUUACCUUAUUACAUUACCUUUGCACUUUGAUUCCUGUACUUGGCAUGCUACACAGAUGGAAAAGGAAAUGUGGUGGAGCAGCCAAAGGUGUACAUUGGCUAUUGUAGAAAGAAAAUUGUGUUUCCUUAAUAUAAAAAUUUGCUAAAAAGAACUUCAUAACAAAUUGCAAUAACCAGUGCCAGAAACAGAAAUGAAAUGUUUUGGGGUUCUUGUUUUUUUAAAAAAUGAACAUGCUUCAUUUUGUGGAAACCUGGAAUCAUACAUAGGCAGCUUCCUGUCUCAACACUGGUAUCAAAUGCAGUGUCUCCUUGCCCCCCCCCCCCAGUCCAGCCACUGGCACUCAGGGUUCUACUUUCUACCUGGCUAUAGCAACUUGGGUGGAAUUUGUAGGAAAAGGAGAAGAAAUGCCUCCACUUUGUCAAUCCUCCUUCCUCUCCCAGGAACUUUCUAAGAAGAGAAGGGAGGGGAGAACAAUGAUAACAGAGAGAGUGACCCGAUACCACCUGCACAAACAGUCCUGGGAAAGGGCUGUGGGACAUCUUGCCAUCUUGCUUCCAGUCUCUGGAAAGAAUUAGUUGAAGGAGACCCUUGGGACUUUGGGAGCCCUCACCACUUUGGGUCACCUGUCUUAACAGACAAAGCCUCUGAUCAGCAGUGACGUUGUGCAGUGUCACAAAUUGCACUUGCUUAUAGCUUGCGCUGCAUGCACCCCUGCCCAAAUUUAGAUGGAGAGGAUGGAGUGUCUGGGACCAGCAGAGAUGGUCCCACAAAGUACUGGUCCUGUAUUACUUUAUGAAGCAACUGAGCCCUGUGUUGCUAGGGUGGUGUGUGGCGGGCUUCAGUGUGUUGCAGCAUGUAUAUGAGUUUCAGUGUGGAGCAGUGUUUUAGGGGUAGUGUUGGGGAUCUCAGUGUAGGGCAGAGUUGGUGUUCAAUGUAGGUCAGAGUUUGGGAGCGUAGGUUGUGGUUUGUGGGCAGGGCCGGAUUUAGGUUUGAUGAUGCCCUAAGCUACUGAAGGUAAUGGGGCCCUUUAUAUGUCAAGCUGUCCUUUGUCAACAACAAAUUGUCACUGUUUUCUUUGUUGAAUAUAUGCUAUAUGGUAAUUUAUGGACCUAAUAGGUCCAUACACAACACAAAACACUGUUGCUGUAUGUAGGUUUUAUUUUAUUUGUUUUUUAUCUUGUAUUUUGGAAAUGUACAUCCAGUUUUUCCCCCCUUUAAUUUUUUGGGGGCCCCCAAGAGAGUGGGGCUCUAAGCUAUAGCUUGUUUAGCUUAUACAUAAAUCUGGCACUGGUUGUGGGGUGUGGGCACCUCUAGUGAUUUGAUUUCUUGAGCAACUGAACACAUGACAUCCAAACAGAGGUUGGAUGGCCAUCUGUCAUGUAUGCUUUAGUUGAAAUUCCUUCAUUGCACAGAGAUCCCCUCUGUGUCCCUUCCAGGUCUAUGAUUCUAUCUCACAUCUAUGCAUUGCCGCAGUCAUUCUCUCUCCCCACAUGUUGUGAAAUUAAAUACUGGAAGAGAAUGGCAAUUUACUCUUGGCAGACUUUCCUUGGGCAGGGGAACUUCUGAGUGUGGUGUUCACUAUGGGAUGUGGACGUAUGUAUAUGGUUGCAGUAUGAGUGGGUUGCAUGCAUGUUGUAGAUGUGGUUCUUCCAUGACAAUUUGUUAAGUUUCUAAAUGUUUCCACGGACCCAGAAAGGUGGUUGAACCCUUUUGUAACCACUGUACCACUCUGUGAUACAGUUUUUCAUGAUACAGUGGUACCUUGAUUUAAGAACAGUCCUGUUUACGAAUGAUUCGGUUUACGAAUUCCGCAAAACCGGAAGUAGUGUCCUGGUUUGCGAACUUUACCUCCGUCUAAGAACCGAAUCCGAACGGUGUAAGGGCACCGGCGGCGGGAGGCCUCAUUAGGGAAAGUGCGCCUCAGUUUAAGAACGGUUUCGGUUUAAGAACGGGCUUCUGGAACAGAUUAAGUUUGUAAACCGAGGUACCACUGUAUGUACAUAGUCAUUGGACAUAGCAUCUAGUAGGUUACUCUGUCUGCAAACACUUCAGUCCUUGCAGGAUUUUAGCUUUACUUUUGCUUUCAGCCAUGUGCAACACAUUUUUCCAGAACUUUUUUCAUAUAUUUUAAUGGGGCUGGAAAACCUGAAUAAUUUGAACCACUGAUCAAAACUUAGUUAAAACAAUGCUCAAGGCUACUAGCCAUGAUGGCUACUCUCUGCCUCCAUGGUUGGAGGCAGUAGUGAUGGAAAUCCCAGGAAGACAGUGUGUUGUUGCACUUGGGUUCUGCUGGGGGGUUUGCCACAGGCAUCUGGUUGGCCGCUGCGAGACUCUUGCUCGACUAGAUGGGAAAUUGGUCUGAUUAAACAGGCUUUCCUCGCGUUUUUUAAAAUUGGUACCAAACUUCCAAGUAUUGUGCCCUUUGGUAGAAUUAUAACUUCUGGCUCUCUCUUAGACUAAAGACCCUUUAAUGGAAAAAAAAGGCCUUCCAACAGCUAUACAGUGGUACCUCGGGUUAAGUACUUAAUUCGUUCUGGAGGUCCGUUCUUAACCUGAAACUGUUCUUAACCUGAAGCACCACUUUAGCUAAUGCGGCCUCCCGCUGCUGCCAUGCCGCCGCCACACAAUUUCUGUUCUCAUUCUGAAGCAAAGUUCUUAACCUGAGGUACUAUUUCUGGGUUAGCGGAGUCUGUAACCUGAAGCGUAUGUAACCCAAGGUACCACUGUAUCUUGAUUAGCAGUGUAACCUUAUAUGUGCAGUACUGUGCUAAGAAGUAGAUUCUACCAAGUCCAAUGGGGAUUUCUCCCACCUAAGGGAGUAUAGGAUUGCUGCCUAAAUGGGAAUAAAGGAUCUCAUUGUGUUCGUAACUGAGUUGCACAUUGUAGGCGACAUUGUCAGAAAUAACCUGUGAACUGGUGCCACACCUAGUGAAUCAGGUUGUACUAGAAUGAUUAACUGUGCGUCUUGUACUUUUAAUCCUUUAAAGAUUACUGCCGUAAUUCCCCCAGGCAGGAAUUUUAAAUUACAGCUAGUGCUGUUCUAGCCUAACCUUGUCUGUCCCUGCGCAUCAUGCAUACACACAUGUGUGGAUGCUGGGGUGGGGGCAAUACCAGCAGGGUGUAAUUUACAGAGAUAGUAAAUGUCCCACCCCAACUCUAUAAUCUUUAUAUGGAACACAUAAAUGAUUAUAACAUGUGAGCAAGGGCUGAGACAUCAAAGGAACUUUCAAUGCUCAGUUGUCCAAAUUAUUUUUCUCAUUAAUAAUGUUGAUUUUUGUUUGUGUUCUUAAGUAAUUUAUAAACACCCCUUAGGUAUUCAAAAUCUUUGAGCAUUCUAUGGUAACGGCUUCUUUUGGAUCAUAGCUCUUGGAUAAUAUAUAUCCAGGACAGGGGGGAAUAUGUCAAUGAAAAUUACCUUUCUGCAAAAAAAAAAACAAACCACAACCCGACAGUGCUAAUUUAUGCUUUCUGCCCCCACUACCCUGAACACAAUCAGGAGACCAACUUACCAGCCACAAUGUAUUUCGUGUCCUUUUUUGCCCUCAAAUCUCACCUAUUUAGGCUGAUAAUGCUUAUCUCAAGACUUACAAUGUAGAACCAUUAAAAUCCAGAAAUAUUCUUGCAGCUGUUUAUGCCAAUUUUGUAAAAUUAGACACAGAAGCCCAUAUGAAUCUUGUGGUCGCUUCUGAUAACUGUCCACCUGAAAGUGUGGGGUUCAGGUUGCAGGUUUCAAUACCUUUUUUAAGAAUAGACCCUUUCCUGGUAGUAAUGGGAGUUGUAAGGAUUUAUGACUUUUUUUCCAGUCCAGCACAGGAGUAAAUUAGUCGGGUGUCUGCAGUACAUGAAGACAGCAGAAAUAAUGUCAUUGAUAUGAAAAGGUUUCCAGCAGAAUAUUUGGCCGCUUUAAUGUUGCUAGCUUUUAUGCUGAAUAAUUGAAUUUUAUACUAGAAUUACAUACCAUGACAAAACAACAACAAAACCAGGGUGGCAAAGGGGAAUGCAUAAAGGAUGUAUUUCCUCUGUGGUUGAAAAUCGGCUUCUGUAUACUUUGUGCUAAACUUUCAUUUCCAAAAAACUGCUGUGUAUUACUCUUGCUCUACCUAGUAAAGAAACAAUUUAAGGUUUUUGAUAUUUUUAUAUGAUGUCUUUUGAAUAACUCUUCCUCUGAACCAAGAAAAUAACUAAAAUAAUUAUUCUGUUUGCAGAAAGAAAAGUGGAAAAACAUUACCUGGCAAUGAGGUGAGUCUUACUAAAUUUGGCAAUGUUAAUGCAGAUUAGGUGGUUGCUAAAAUCUAGUAAUUCAACCGAACAGCUCAAUAAAUUGCUUUGAAGUACAGUCUUUGUUCAGUUCAGUAAACAAUAGUUUAGAAAAGGGGUUAUUUACCUAGAUUUUCCUGUUGCUUUUGAGUGGUGACGGUAGAUUCACAGUGCAAUUCUAUACAUGUCUGCUUGGAAGUAAGUUUCAUUAAGUUCGUGGGGCUUCUUCUCAGGUAUGUGAAUAUAGGACAAUUGGAGUAAAUCAUCUAAAAUAUCAAUGUGGCUUUUCUGCAGUGUUUGCAAAUGAAAAUACUUUGGAUAAAUUUGUAUCAGUUAACAUUAAUAAAAUCAAGAAGGCAUUCUAGAGUGUUUUGUACAGACAAGAGAAAGUAUGUUUAAAUGGUGCUAAUGCUUGAGCACCAUACCUUUCUUUUCCUAGCACUCUGAAAUAUAUUAAAUAAUAUUGGUUUUUCUUCCUUGUCCAUGUUUCGUAAAGCAAACAUUAUUGAUGCUUUUUUGCUUAGUUUGUUUACCGCUGGGUGACUUUUCCCCAUCUAGCUUUAGUUUGGAAAUAUUGCAAAAUGUGAGAUGCCUAUGUGUGUUGUUCAAUUCUGCUUCUGAUGUAUAGAAGGGCCAUGCACCUGUGGGUUUCGAUGCCAGGAUAAAGAGAGAUUAUUAAUCCUUCCUCCUCUCCAUGCAGUUUACACCUGCAAUGAGCAGCAGAAUAAUUGUUUGGAAGAAAGCACCCAGACUUCCUGUGUGAGAUAUCAGGAUAGACCAGGCAUCCCCAAACUCAGCCCUCUAGCUGUUUUUGGGACUACAAUUCCCAUCAUCCCUGACCACUGGUCCUGUUAGCUAGGGAUGAUGGGAGUUGUAGUCCCAAAACAGCUGGCAGGCUGAGUUUGGGGAUGCCUGGGAUAGACUGCUUGCUUACUCAUGAGUUGAUCAGAUUGGAAGCGCUGUAGCCCACUGCUUCUUGAAGUAGAACCUUCUCCAGCUAGGUCCUCUUCAGCAUUUUAUUGGGUGUGCAUUGGCCGGCAAGAAUCUUAUGCGGCAAACUGAAGCAUCCAAGCUAUUGGAUCCAUUCAUGAGUAAGCAUGGGUGACUGCAGGCAAACAUUGUCCUCUUUGAAAAAUGGAAGCUUAUGUAGUAUUUGGCAGAUUUAGGGUUCCAACAGCAAUUCAUGUAGAAUGGGUUGACUGUUUCAGAGUGAUUAAAAUACAGUUGUUUGCAUGGAAUCUAAUACUGUGCUGUCAGUUGACCAAUAUGGAAUGCAAAAAGAAAACAGCAAGAUAAUUGUAUUGUGUUAUCUUUUCAUGUGCAGAAAGAAGUCAAGAAAGAACGAGCUGUAGUAGACAGAGUAUUUUUUGCGAGAAUACGACAAAUCCUGAGAGUUAUGGUCCCUAGAACAUUUUGUAAAGAGGUAAGAUGCAAAUGAAGAACAAUCAGCCUGUCUAAUUAUGUUGCUUUUACCUGUCACCAUGAUUCUAAUAAUCUGAUCACUUUCUGAUGUCAUUUAUAUCAAACUGUUUUCCAUGCAGCCUUUUCAGUUACCAGAAUUAAGUUGGGCUCAGAGUAAUGGCUUACAAUAUGCAUUUUAGCCUCAAAUUGAUGGGUUUCAAUAUACAUUAUUUCUCAUGUAUCUGAUGACUUAAAAAUUGAGGACACAAAAACUUUUAAAAAAACUUUUUAAAAAUAGUUUUUAUUGAAUAUUUUUUUGUGUUACUAGCAAAUAAACAAAAAAAGAAAAAGUACAUAUAGUGUCUCCACUUUCAAAUCAUAGUCUUUUUCACAGAUUGUUUGCAUUCAGCACAACAAGACAAUGACUUAUCCCACUCAACACCAUAUGAAUUGAUAUGGCUAUGCAAGCCUGACUGCAACCAACUGAAUAUAACCAACGAAGCUCUGGACCUCCAAUCUCUCACAGUGCCAACAAAAAUAAAUAUAGAUAUGUAAAGAACCUACUGACGUGAUGCUGACACAAAAACCCUGCACGAACACUAUGCAAUAGAACUAAAUAUCAUUAUCCCCUCUCCACAGUCUCUCUCCCCCAUUUUCUCUUUUCUUUCUCUUUCCCCCCAACUGCAUAAUGUUUAUGACACCUUGUUCCUAUGUCAUUGAAUAUCUAUUGAGAACAUCAAGAAAAUUGGGAAUUACAGACCUGCUGUGAGAACUGAGUCUCAUAAAUAUGGGACACAUCAGUGGCUAUAGAUCAGAUUUGCAUAAGAUGGUUUCUAGGAUUUUUCUUUAGCAUGGCCUUCUGUUUAAUCCAGGUUAAAAUGUUUUUCAGCUUUUUAUUUAAUUUCACAGCAUUGCGUCCAGAUUUGCCCUUUCAAGAAUGAAAGGGUCCUUCUAUUCCAGUGGGGAAAUCCAGUGAGGGGAGGGGGAGACAAUUUGUGCCAAUACCCCUUCUACCUGCAGCCCCCAACACUGCCUCUAAGACUUUUCUGAAGGGUCUCCCAACCCUUUAGAGCAGCAUAGUUCAGGGAGGGGGUGGAACAGCCUUUUCCAGCGCACAGGGAGAAAGGGAGUCCGCUAAGAUUGUUUUACAUAGCAUCUCAUGGGUAGAGAUUUGCCUAGAGGCAGUCUGGAUCCAGCACAUAGACAUUUACUGGCCUUUUUCUUAAAAGAAACUUUUCCUGAGUCUCUGGUGAAGGCCAACUGUAACUCAGGGGCAUGGGAGCCACCAGAAGUUUCCAGUCAGAGGAUCUUAGUGAUCAAGGUGGAGCAUAAGGAAUCAGGCGGUCCUUAAGGUAUUUUGGAUGAAAGUUAUUUAGGGCUUUGUGGAUUAACACAAGUACCUUGAACUAAAUGACUAAAAUUUGUGCCCUGUCCUUUGUAAUUGAAGAAAGACUCUAGGCUGUUUGUAGAAAACUCAUUAAGGAAUGAUCAUCUGUGAACACUGACAACUCACUUUACUUUUACUAGACAGGUUAUUUGGUACUUAUUGCCAUGAUGCUGAUACUUCGCACAUACUGUGAUAUUUGGAUGAUUCAGAAUGGAACUGUUAUUGAGAGGUAAGCAUUCCAUAUUUGAUCCCUGCAUGUUAUACUCAUGUGACAUAUAAGAUUGCAAUAACUAGGGACAAAGGUUGCAUAAAAUGGAUUGGCAGUUGACUUAGAUUUAAAAAGAUAAUGGGAUGGGAAGGUAAAUUAUUGUUCCUGCUGUGAGAAUGAACUUCUCAUUCUCUCUUGUAGCUGUGUGGGAGAGAAGCUGUGAAUUCAAAAUUAACCACAGUUUGAUCAUGACUUGUUCGUACUAUCAAUAGUUAAAAGAAAUCUCAAUUUACAGAGUUCAGAGGUCAUGGGGAACUGUGACUAGUUUAAAUUCAAAUACAGAUGUUUUCAGGUUCUUCUCACAUUGAGGAGGGGAAUGCCUGGGCUCGAGGCUUGUCACAGCUCAUUCUGGUAGCAGGAAACCAUGCCUUCCCUCUGGCCCUGUUUGCAUAUAAUAGCUUAUCAUUGUUUGGUGCUAUUUAUCCAAGCUGGAACAAGACUAAGCACAGCUUCAUCACCCUCCCACGUGAACCUGAAUGAAACUUUGGCUUGCAUAAUCUCCUGCUCUUGUGUGUUUUGUUUCACUUUUUCAGACACCUGGUUUUGCAUACGAAUCAGAGACUGUGGUUUAAAACAUGUUACUUAAACAUUCCAGAUUUAUCCCCUGUGGCUUGAAGCUGGCUUGUUUUGAAGAAUACAAAACAGAGUUUGUUUUAAACCACAACAGCCAGUUCCUGUUUAAACCACAACAGCCAGAGAUUAUGCAUCUCUCACUAAACCAUGGUUUAGUGUGUUGCGCAAAGGGGACUGAUACAUCCAUUAUGCAGUCAGUGGCUUAGCUCAUACGUCUCAUUAAACCAUAGUUAAAAACUUAAGUAUGCUUAAUGGGAAUGAGUAGCAUGCUGUGUGUGUCUGCUGAACAGUUCAUCCUCGUUCAUCUUCAUUCAUCGACUUGUUCUGCCACCACACCACUGUGAAAAGAGUCAGGGUUGUUGUGAUGUCUGAAUCUGGUUUCUUAGAUUGUCUUUCUCCAAAUACAAAGUGUGAGCAAUAAAGCGUGAACAAACUACAACACUGAGUUUGGACGUCAUGACAAGCCAGACCAUCUUGUUUCCCAUCAACAUGGCAUGAGCAGGAGACUGUUCAGCAUCAUGCUGCACAUUCGCAUUACAGCAUAGUUUAACUAUAGUUUAAUGUAACAAUAUCCAAUAUGGUCCAUCCUCCCCAGAUAUGUGGGACUACAACUCCCAUCAUCCUUGGCUAUUAACUAUGCCUGGUUGGAGUCGAUGGAAGUUCUGGUCCAUGACAUCUCAAGAGGGGGGGUGGAAUGUUAGCUACUGAUUUAAUGUGAUGUGUGAACCAGGCCAAUGUAGUUAUAAUUGUCACGAGUGAAAGCUCAAUCCAAGCAAACAAUUAGUUUUCUCUGACAGUUGAUAGGAUACUGGUAGCGGGGAGGGACCAAUUUGUGGCAAAUUUCCUAUUUGUUGUACAAAAUAUAAUCCAGGAUAAUUUAUUUCUGUGGUGUGUAAUCUGCAAAUAAAAUGCAGUCUUGUAGGCAGAAGUGAUAUUCAGAGACUUUCUGUGUUUUAAAAGAAGAGGAAUGUGCUUGAGUUUCGGUUUCUUGUUUGGGUUUCAUAAUACAAAAAAUGAACCAAUUGUACACAAAAUACCAUUUGACUUUAUUAUUUUUAUCUUGCACAUUUAGUUCCCUGCUAAAUCGGUUGCAUGUCUGUCAUGUCAGCAGUAAUGAUUAUUGAUAUAGUGGUACCUCGGUUUUCGAACGUCUCCGUUGACUAACGUUUCAGUUUUUGAACACCGUAUACCUGGAAGUAAAUGCUUCCAUUUUUGAACAUGCCCAGGAAGUCAUGCCACGCAACUUCCAUACUGAGUUUUCUGUAUCAAGUUUUCUUUAUUGACACUUCUGUAUUGAGUUUUCAGUUUUUGAAUGUUUCAGAACUCGAACGGUCUUCUAGAACAGAUUACGUUCGAAAACCGAGGUACCACUGUACACUGUAAAAAUAUAUAAUGGUGGUAACUCUUCAGUCAUUAGCAGAGCUGUUAAAUUAUGUACAUUUUUUCUUGCAGUGCAAUCGUAAGCAGGGAUCUGUCGCUAUUCAAGAAAUCCUUUUUUAAAUUUGUAGUUUCCAUUCCACUGGUAAACAGAUAUUGUUAAUAUUAGCAUGCACCUGUUACAUUUAUGCUGUGAUAACUGACGCAUAACUGAAGCAAUUAGCUUUUUCCUUCCAGUUUAUGUCUUCCGAAAUUUAGUUUGAAUAAUGUCAACUAAAUUGUACAGUUUAUGGUGCUCCUGUGGCUUUUCCAUUUUCUUUAUUUUAAUUGCUUCAGAAUGUAUGGUCUUACAAGUUGUACUGAAUGGUGUCGGUUAUCUUCACUGUUGCUUUCUACCUCUUCCAAAGUAAACCCCUUUGCCUAGGUAGAAGAGAGAACAAAGUAAACAAUUCCCCAGGCUCUCUUCAGUUCUCAUUCUAGAUCAAGGCAUUACCAAAUGGUCAGAACUUCUCUGUCCUCACUAGAUUUUUAAACCCUUGUCACCAUUCACCUACCCAUUCCUGACUUUGCCCUCUCCCCACCCUCCACUGUUUUUGGUUUCUCCUCACAUUUUGGGGGGGGGGAGGGGAACACACCUUUCUUCAUUUCUAAUCCUGCUAAUCAAAACAUUUGGGCUCAGUGGGCCAAAAGCUAUUUAUUUAUUUCCAAAGGAAACGAAACUGCCUCUUCAAGUGGUAGCCCAUUAUAGCUCCUUCCUCCCCCCAUCCCAGUGUCCUGAGGUCAUUGGGAUGCAUAUUUCUUUGUGAACAGAAGCUGAACGAUAGAGAAUGAGGAGAGGACAUGCGGACAUAGUGAUAAGUUGGGCAACUGUACAUCGUGGAGGGGUGGAAUUCAACACUGAGCUUGUUUGGUGACAGCCCUAUUGUUUCCUUCCAUGGAGAGAGAAAGCUUCCUGGAAGACCCGCAGCCCUCCCCAUGUUAACAGCCUCUGUAGUUAGUUGUUUUAGAGCUGCAGUGGAAACACGGAGAAGGGUUUCGGUAGACCAGCUGUUGCUUUGUUGGCAGAUGUGGAAACGCAUCUGUAUGCCUGUAUGGUGGAACUAGAGUCCUGCUGCUUUCUUUGUUGAACUUCUUGUCCUGUGUUCACCUUAAACGGCUUUCUACUUUGCCUUCAUUGAACCAUUGUGGGAUGGGCUUUGCUUCUCUUACGCCUAACAUUUUGCAUGUGGUGGUUUGCAGUGCUAUCAUUGGCCGCAGCAGAAAAGAUUUCAAGAGGUACUUGUUCAACUUCAUCGCUGCUAUGCCUGCUGUAAGUGUUGACAUCGCUUUUGUAAACGUGACCAAUUCCAACUUCUCAGAUGAGCUCCAAAGUUAGCUCUUGUGUUUUAAAAAUUGAAAUGGCAUGUUAUUUUCUUUUUUAAAAAACCCCCCAAAAAACUUGCGCAUGCAUCUAGGGUCAUAAUUAAUCCCAAAGGGCUGUAAGAAAUAUAUAAUCCUUUAACUUAAAGGCAGUGAGAUAAAUUUGACUCCAGUUUAAAGGUUGAGGGUGUGUGUGAAAUACUCCACAUCCAGAGUAUUUAGGGGUAUAAGUAAUUUUUUUUUAAAUGCAGAAGGCAGCUAAGAUGAAGAAAUGUUAGCUAUUCAUGUUAGUUUAUAUUCAUCCCUCUGCAAGAUUUUUAGUUGAAGAAAAAUGUACAUAAAUAUGGUAUUGGCAACUGGUGAGAAGUGGUCAUUAGAGAUCCAAGGAGGGCAGGGAGGAAAGAAAAACAACUUUAUAAAUUUUCUUUUUUAAGAAAUAGAAGUAGAAACCUUCUUAAGUGUCUUUCAUCUUUUUCCUAACAUACGACUCUGUUGGCAUUUUUGGCCUCAAGGUCAGAUGAGAAAGUGCUUUUUACGUUUUGUAGAAAAAUGCAUUCUUGUUCUAGAGUGUUGUGACUGCAAAAAAUAUAGACAGGCAUUUGUGUAUACAGAGCAGUUAGAUUAAUAACUCAAACUUGGUGGAAAGCCUCAACAACCUUUCCACCCUUCUAAAAUUCAUAAAUAGCAUACUGUGUGUAGCUCCCCCCAUUAAACAGCUGAAUGACAUCCAAUAAGCCCUUAUCAAGAAAUUGAGUUUAUUUGUAAAUCAAGAUAAUACCCAUAAACAUUUUCUCUUGUUUGAGCUACUUGUUUAAGAUGUCUACAUUAUUAUAAUAUGAAUACUGUGAUAAAACAUUAAAGUAAUAUGUUCCAACAUAAAUAUAACUGAAUAUGUUCCAACAUAAAAAUAACUGAAUAGUCCUUCCUUCUGAUGAAGUACAUGCACUUUUCAGCCUUUAAACAGUGAUGUCACUUUGUGGCUGCAGGAUUUAGACUAGGGAUGCCACAUGUAGUUGAUGGAUCAGAUUACUAAUCAAUUUAAUAAUAUAUUUAAGAGUACUUGGACUUGAAAUGGUGUCCCUAAUUCACAGAUGAGCAGAUUCGCCAUUUGCAGAUGGCAAGUGCCAUCUUAAAACAGCCGUUCUCUCCGAUAUGUGAGAGAAGAGGGCAUGAUUCAAUGACACCUGUGUGCAUCAUCUAAAAGAAUAGAGCAUGGCUUGUAUACAAAGGUGGUGUUCUACUAGUGGAAAACUUCACUGCUCAUUAAAGAGCUGUUUCUGACCUUAGGGGAAAGUGCUGUAUGAGAAAUGUAGCCCCAAAUCCAAUAUAACCUCUUCCAUUUCUGGAAACUCUUGCGCAACCAACCAUAAAUAAAUAAAUCAUAAAAACAAAACAAACCCCAUAACAGACACAGGAAGCUUUGGCAGCACACUGGUAACAAAACAACACCAUUUGAAUCCAGGAGUGGAUAAUCUUUGGCCCUCCAGAUGUUGCUGAACUGCAACUCCUAUCAGCCCUAGUAGACAUAGUCAGUGGAAAGUUUUCUAUUUCCUUACAUGAUAUUUCGUGGAAAUGGCACUAAUACACCUUCCACUCAGUUCUCUGGAUCCAAGCUGGUGUUGUUGUUUAUAACUAUUUUGAAUACAAAUUUGUGUAGGUUGACAACAUGAUCCCAUGCAUGAUGCUCAAAGGUAAUUCCUACUGAGUUUAUUGAAGCAUACUUCUGAGUAAUCUUAUAUGGGAUUGCAGCCCAAGAUUUAUUCAAUUGGACGAUGAUCCUGGUUUUUAAUAUGCCAUCUGAGCUAACCUAAGGUGGAGGGUUUCAUGCAGCUUAGACUUUGCCCUCUUACUGAUGCGAAGAAGCAAUCCUUAUUUAACUUAUUUGAGUUUGUGUAACAUUAUACUGCUGCUGUUCAUAGAUCUCCCUGGUGAACAACUUCUUGAAGUAUGGGCUAAACGAGCUUAAGUUGUGUUUCCGUGUUCGACUCACCAAGUACCUAUAUGAGCAAUAUCUUCAGUAAGUGACUAAUUUCCCUCCCUCCAGUAUUUUUAAUGAUUUAAUAUAAAUUUAAAUUUAAACCAGUCUUAAAUCAUGUGCUUAAUUGUUAAAAAUGCUAUCAGUUAUUUAUAAAACGCAUAAUUCAGUAGAAAAUGCCACAUUAAUCUAACUCGCUGUUUUCCACACAUUUUAGGACUUAUACCUAUUACAAAAUGGGGAAUCUGGACAACAGAAUAGCCAAUCCAGAUCAGCUGCUGACACAAGAUGUAGAAAAGUUUUGUAACAGUGUAGUAGACCUGUAUUCAAACCUUAGCAAGGUAAGAUUAAAGAGGAGCCAUUCUUUGGUAAUUCCAUAAUCUGCAUAAUUAAACAUUUUAAUAUUUGUAGGAUAGAAGUAUAUUAAUAUCAGCGUGUAACUGUUUAGCAUAAUCAUUUGCAUUUAGUCCAGCGCAUUACUUGAUUGAGUCAGCCACAUCAAAGAUAGUUAUAGUCCACAAAUUAUUAGGUACUACACUGCAAAUGUCUUCAAUGUCUUUCAUUUAGGGCAUGUCACAUGCAACUGAAGUAGUUUCAGUUGAGCUGCUGCUUCUUUCCACACAUUCUGUUAAGCAGCUUACAACACCAUGUUUGCAAUCUAUAGCUUCUUGUCUGCCAAGCCACAUCAACUGUAUGAGAAAUGUAGCCCCAAAUCCAAUAUAACCUCUUCCAUGCCUGCCUGAAGGAGAAAACGAGGUGCAAAGAGCCAGAAGACCAUUAUUGAGACUCACAAUUCCUCUAAAACAAAGAAUCGGCAGAGAGCCAACGCCAUCUGCCCUGGCUCAGAAACAGAGCGGGUUGAGGAAACUGAGAAAACGGAGCAAAUAGAACAAACAGUGAGUAACAACGUUGGGGGAACCUCACCCCCCCUUAAGGAGGAUGUCAAUGACCCGACCCCCCUCCUCCCAGAAAAAGCUAAUCCGUCCAAGAGGGCAAGAGCAGGAGCAGGAGGGAUUCCUCCCACUCCUAACGCUGACCCACCCAUGCCUCUAGAACAAGAUAUCAGAGGAGCCUGCUUUCAACCAAUUCGGGAUACGCACCCCUACCAAGAGAUUUGCAUGUUGUCUGCAGAAACUAUGAUUCUGGUUCUCCAAAGACUGGAUGAAAUCCUCACUAGAAUAGUUAACAUUGAGAAACAAUUGGAUACUAGUUCCUCCCCUUUAAAUGCCCAAGGGCUUAAAAGGAUGAUAAGAAAUGACUCUGUUAACAACUCACCAACUCAAACUAUGGAUGAAGUGAGGUCCUGUCAAUUCUUGCAAACAAACCAGAUAAUGCUUGAGAUUCACCGAUACACUCAUAGGUGGAUGAACCGCAGACAAAUUACUAUGUCCUUGUCUCAGCUCCUGAAUUACCAUUACCGAAAUGUAGAUCUAGAAAAUUUCCACUUCCUGCCUACCUUGAGAAACACCAUGCGCCUAUUUAUGACCUUUAGGUCAUCAACCCUCCCAUCUCGACUCAUGGAGAUAAAGGAUACCCUAUGGUGGUUCCAUUCUCUCCGCCCAGUGAGGGUAUUUAAGGAUGAAACUAGGAGGCAAUUGGUCCCUUGCAUAGAGUCAAAGCUAAUGCGGAUAAAGGAAACCAAGCUCAACACUAGAAAUACUAAUUGCCCAAAGGAAGAAAAGAACUUUGUAAGCCUAGAAUUACAAGACCUGAAGAAGAGGCUAAUGAGUAUAAAGACUGAGAUUUCUACCCAAAAUAUAAGGACAGUAGAGCCUAGAGCACAAUAUUUAAAGACGUCCAACAGCUCUUUAUCCCAUAGAAAGACAUCAGUGCAACUCCCUGUUCCCUUUUCAAACGACACCAAAUUAGAUGAGGAAUUUGGCGCCUCCGACAUUUCUAUGGCAACAACACCUAAAGAACUCUAUGUUGCUGACAAUCUGGAGAUAUCCAGCACCAAAUCUACAUCUGGACCUUUGCCUAAUGUUCCAAAAACUUAUCAGAAUGAUCAGCCUCUCUACUGUACUCCUGGCGAGACAGGAUGGACAGAUCUUCCGAAUUCGAAUCUGGCUCUUUGUUGGCCAGUGAUCCACAUUUUAUAACACAUACCUCAUUAAUACUUCCACAGCCACAGAUAGAACCAACAAUCCUCCAAUUAACCCAGGAGGGAGAGGAGGGUUGACAGUUAAUGAAACACCAUGGGACUGUCUCCCCCGCUUGGGGUGCGGUUGUUUGGGUUUUAUCUUCUAGGGAUACUUACCCUAUCAGACCUCCACCUCUUUCCCAUACCAUUUUGACCCAGGAGUCCUGGCCCAAGGAUGACUUGUUAUUGAGGGGAUGUUACCCAUCUAUUGGGGAAGCUAGUAUGGGAUCUGGGAUUUCCACAAUUGAAGGGCUAGGGAGGAAUGGCGGUGGGGCUAGAUAUCUCUAUCGGCGAAGGGUUUCGAGAUGCAGUGAUCCUCGAACCCCUUCCAAUCUACGCCCCAUCCCAAGGGAUGAGGGUAGGGAGAGCAAGGAUUACACACCACCGUCAUUGGUGCUGUGCGAUGCCAGGUCCAUAGGCAACAAAACCGCCACCAUGCGUUACUUUUUUGUCUCGCAGGGGAUUGACCUGGCUUGUGUGACGGAGACCUGGGUACGGGAAGGCGAAGUAGUCUCCCUACAUGAGAUAACACCCCCAGGUUUUUCUGUCCUCCAUCAAUCGCGGACUGUGGGUUGGGGGGGAGGAGUAGCGUUGUUAUUCCGGGAGGAUUGCUCUUUAAGAGCUCUGCCAUCACUGGCGAUCUCCGGCAUUGAAUGUGUUGGUCUCGUGUGGGGCACCAAGGAGAGCUUGGCUGUCUGGCUGGUGUACCGACCACCCAGCACACCUGCAGCCACCCUGUCAGACCUGCUGGAGGUGGUGGAGGGCUGGGCCUUGGAGUUCCCAAACCUACUGAUUUUGGGAGACUUCAACGUCCAUGCUGAUGCCGCUCCCUCCUCACAGGCUCUGGACCUAGUGACUUCCAUGGCAACACUAGGGCUCUCCCAGUUUGUUUUGGGCCCCACUCAUCAAGCAGGCCACACGCUGGAUCUGAUCUUUGGGGCUGGCAUAGAUGUGAUCAUGCUCCCCGCUGUGGAAGUGCCAUGGUCUGAUCACUACGCUCUGAAAGCCAAGAUUGACUUCCUGCUCCUCCCCGGCUCGGGUGGCGAACCUAUUUGGGUUCGUCCGUGAAAACUGAUGGAUCCUGAUAGAUUCCGACAAGCCUUGCGGAACCCUGCUCCUCCUGGCGACUCAUUAGAUGACCUUGUUGAGGACUGGAAUAACCGGCUCUUGGCAGCCAUUGAUGAGAUCGCGCCUAAGCGCCCUCUGCGACCCCGUCGAAACCGGGCCCCUUGGUUUACUGAGGAGCUCCGGAAAAUGAAGCGGGAUCUCAGACGGCUAGAGCGAGUAUGGCGACGGACUCGUGACGGAGCCUCAAGAACAUCUUAUAGAACGCUUAUGAAAGCCUAUGACAUGGCUAUGAAAGCUGCUAAGAAAUCUUACUUUGCAGCUUCCAUUGCAUCCGCUAGCUCUCGCCCGGCACAACUUUUUAGAAUAAUUAGGUCAAUAACGUCCUUAGGAGGACAACCAAAUUUAAGCAUAAAUUCGACCCACAGCUGUGAGGCAUUUGCAAGCUUUUUUGCGGAGAAAGUCCUGUUGCUCCGCCGUGACCUCCCUGCCACUUUAGAUACAGUGACUGAACUGGAGGCCCCUCGACUGACUUCAGGUCCAGUGUUGGACCAUUUCGAUCGGAUACUCCCUACUGAUGUGGAUAGAUUCCUCCAAGUUGGUAGGCCCACCACCUGCCUCCUUGAUCCGUGCCCGUCUUGGCUGAUUAGGGAGUGUCCAGAUGUUGCGCGGACCCCCCUGGUUGAAAUUAUCAAUUUGUCCCUUGACACGGGGACAUUCCCAGGGGAACUGAAGGAAGCAGUGGUGUGUCCACUCUUAAAGAAAACUUCAUCAGAUCCCUUAGACCUAUCCAAUUACCGCCCAGUUUCAAAUCUUCCAUACCUGGGUAAGGUAAUUGAGAGAGCGGUUGCUGAACAGCUUGGUAGGUUUCUGGAGGAAACAUCGGCAUUAGAUCCAUUUCAGUCCGGUUUCCGUCCUGGUUUUGGGACGGAGACGGCUCUGGUUGCCCUAACAGAUGAUCUCCGUAGACAACUGGAUCGAGGCGGGUCAGAACUGCUGAUCCUUUUAGAUUUGUCAGCAGCCUUUGACAUGGUCGAUCAUGAUCUUCUGGACCACCGCCUCGCAUACGUGGGGAUACAGGGCAUAGCCCGUAACUGGUUGUGCUCUUUUAUCUCUGGUCGGGGACAGACGGUGGCACUAGGGAGGGAAAUGUCGUCGCGCCACUCCUUGGUGUGUGGAGUGCCGCAGGGCGCAAUUCUCUCCCCAAUGCUUUUUAACAUCUUUAUGCGCCUCCUUGCCCAGAUUAUCCGGAGCUUUGGGCUGGGCUGUCACCAAUAUGCUGAUGACACUCAGCUCUGUCUGCUGAUGGAUGGCCACACCGACUCGGCCCCGAAUACACUGACCAGAUGCUUGGAAGCUGUAGCUGGAUGGUUUCGUGGGAGCCGAUUGAAACUAAAUCCUUCAAAGACAGAGGUCCUAUGGCUAGGUCAGGAUGGCAUGGGGAUGAGGGACCAACUCCCUUCUCUUGCGGGGGCCCAAUUAGUGCCAUUGCCUUCCGUUAAGAGUUUGGGUGUAAUCCUUGACGCCUCCCUUUCCAUGGAGGCGCAAGUUACAGCAACAGCCAAGGCGACAUUUUUCCACCUUUGCCGCAUCAAGCAGUUGGUCCCUUACCUUUCCCGCCCCGACCUGGCCACAGUGAUCCAUGCGAUGGUCAUCUCCAGGCUUGACUACUGUAAUUCGCUCUACGCGGGGCUGCCCUUGAAGCUGUCCCAGAAACUCCAGCGGGUACAGAAUGCUGCAGCGAGGCUCCUCACGGGGUCUCUGCCAUGGGAGCAUAUUCACCCAGUGCUUUUCAAGCUACACUGGCUCCCGGUGGAGUACAGGGUCAGAUUUAAGGUGCUGCUUUUGACCUUUAAGGCCCUUCAUGGCCUAGGACCCUCGUACCUACAGGACCGCCUCUCCUGGUAUGCCCCACGGAGAGCCUCAAGGUCCAUAAAUAACAACACCCUAGUGGUCCCAGGCCCUAAGGAAGUUAGAUUGGCUUCAACCAGAGCCAGGGCCUUUUCAACUCUGGCUCCGGCCUGGUGGAACGCUCUGCUUCAUGAGACCAGGGCCCUACAGGAUCUGAUUUCUUUCCGCAGGGCCUGUAAGACAGAGUUGUUCCGCCUGGCCUUUGGCUUGGAGCCAAUUUGAUUCCCUCCCUCCUCUCUUUCUUUUUCUUUUCCUUCUCCUCCUGCGAUGAGGCUACAUUUUAAUAUUUUAAUGUUCCAUUAUUUUAAUGUUGUAUUUUAUUUUUGUUUUUAAGUUGUAAUCAUUCAUCUUGUUUUUAUUAUUGCUUGUAAGCCACUCUGAGCCCGGCCUUGACUGGGGAGGGCGGGGUAUAAAUAAAAAUAUAUUAUUAUUAUCAAGGCCCAGACGGUUGUCUCUCUUGUUUCAGUCCUCUCUUAAACUUGAAAGACUUUCUCGGAGACAGUUUGUAGACAGCUGUUGAGCAGAGCAGACGACACAAACUGAAUAGAUAGGCUGAAUAGAUAGGAUGAUUCAUUGUCUUAAGUUUUGAACUCUUCGUUUUCUACCGUAGAUUCCGGUGUAUAAGACGACUUUUUAACCCCAGAAAAGAGGUUAAAAUGUCAGGGGUCACCUUAUACGCCUGGUAUGGGCAUCGCGGAGCUGAACCCACCCCCUGCUGCUGCUGUGGCGGCUCUGAAGCAGCGGCGGGCUCCGCUGCACUCCAGGCGGCUUUCUCCCGGCAUGGAGUCCGCCCCUCCCCGCUGCUGCUUCGGAAGCAGCGGGAGGCUGGCUCGGCUCCGCGCCAGGAGAAAGCCGCCCAUUGCGGAGCCCGCCCCCCGCACUGCUUCAGAAGCAGCAGCAGGGGCGGCUUUCUCCCGGUGCAGAGCUGCCCAGCGUAUUAAGCGACUGGGCUUAGAAGACGAACCCCCAAAUUGCAGCUGCCAAUUUGGGGGGUUGUCUAAUACGGCCAGUCGCCUAAUACACCGGAAUCUACGGUAAAUCGAAUGGUGUUAUGUACUGAACUAUGUCCAACCACUGCUUAAUAAAUGGAAUGUCUGAUUUCUUGGAAAAUGAAUAUAAAUCUUAUAUUUCAGUGUUGUGUGGCCUAAUUUGGCUGUGUUUAUUUGCAGAACAUGAUAGUUUGUUUAGAAGUUGUGUACUUUUUGGACUUUUUGAAAGUUGUGUGUCUUUUUUUUUUUUUUUUGGCCUCAUGAUAACUAAUAUUAAACCUUCUCUUAACAGCCAUUUUUGGAUAUCGUUUUGUAUAUCUUCAAGCUAACAAGUGCAAUAGGAGCUCAGGUAAGAUCACAUUUUUCAUCAUGUACAGUAAUUGUUCUGCAAAUGACCCAUUUGUUCUACAGCACAAGCAAUGUAUUAUCAGGGAACUUUCUAUAGAUCUAGUAUUCAGAAACAUUUGGAACUAAAGCAUUUUAAAAAAUACACAAACACUCCAGGCCAUUUUAUUAUGCAACUGCUCUUGAAAAUUUCUCAAGUCAAUGCUGAUGUCACUGGAAAUAUGUUGAAAGAUGAGGGGAAGCCGCAGUUGAAACUUUAUAGGCUAAUUUCAUAACAUACAGACAAACAAGUUACCAGCGUAUACAAUCCAUGCUCUCUUGGAAGGUGAUUGCAUCAUAGCCAAGCUGUUGAAUUUUCAUUGGCUUCCAUUUCUGAGCAGAUCUAAUGGUUUGCCAAUAGUUCGACGUCACUUUUUGUGGAAGUGUUUGUCCUGAAAACCCUUUAUCCCGGCUGAGGUAGAUUCAACCAUGUGAAAAAAGAAAUUAUCACAUGUCUGCAUUCUUUCCAGUGUGUGGUUCAGCUUGCUGUGUGCUAAGAGUGUAUUUUACCACAUUUCAGCUGGUAGACUUUAAAUAACCUAUUGUUAUCCUUUUCUGGUAAUAAGACUCCACUGCAUUUGUCCCAUAAUUCAGCACAACAGAAAUACCAUUAGCUCAGGCUAAGGUUCUGCAUCUUAAUGGAUUCAUUGGUACCGUAGAAGAGAAGCCAGGGCUGUCCAUACUGUUUUGUUCCGAUACAUGCAGCUGAGGAUUGUAACAGUCUUCCUUGGUUGUAUACCUGGAUGCUCAACUGCAGUGAAUCCCUCAGUAAAAUUUCACUAAGGCUGCGAUUUUAUGCAGAUUUACCUUGAGGUAACUCCCACUGGGCUCAGUGGAACUUCUGAAGAGAUUUGUAUAGGAUUAUAUUACCAAUUUUCCCAGUGCCUCCUGCAGCCUGUCCUGUAUCUAUUGGUCUCAUCAGUAUAUUUCUUUGAGAAAUGUUUUCUGCAGUGUUCAUUUACCCCCAAAAGGUAACUUUUCCCUUGAAUAACUGUGUUGAGCAAUCCCAUUUGUGUUUACUCAGAAGUAAAUCUCACAUUGUUCUGUGGGACUUAUUCCCAGUUAAGCGUGGAUAGGAUUCCAGCUUUAGGUUAGAAAGGAUUUGAAUAUAUUGUUGUCAAUAUAAAAUAACACUGUACACGCAUUCCUAAAGUCUUCUUUAUUGCAGGGAGCCAUACAUACAGAUACUUUUGAAACUUUCAGAACUCUUAUUCAGUUUUCUUGUGUUCUCCCCUACUUAAGAUACUUGAGGGAAAAUCAAGUAUCUUAAGUAGGGGAGCACUCAAUAAAAUUGAAUGAGGGUUUUGAAAGUUUUGAAAGAAUCUGUGUAUAUGGCUCCCUCUAAGUAUUUUAAGUAGGGGAGAACUCAAUAAAUUGAAUGAGAACAUUAGUCUGGCUGAGCUUUGAAUAAGGAUUUAAAAACCUACUUGCCUAGUUAUUGACUUCAAAGGGAAGACUUGUGCAUAGCUUAGCUUUGGAAAACUCUGUUUGGAGAUCAGUAGUAGCCCAGUUUGCUCAUCACAUUAAACCGUAGAUUAAAAUGACCUACUGUUUGGUGAAAAUGAGCAGCAUGCUAGUGCAUACUAUUUGUUCACAUUAAACCAUAGCUUGUUUUAAACUGAUUUAGCACGAUGCUCAAACCAGGGCAAUGUAAUUUUUACAAAGUAAAAGUUUACAAGAUGACAUGAAAUAAAUCUCUUACAGGCAUUAGUAAAUCAUAAAAAUAGAACUGGAUCUCUUUGGGUGCACUCAUUUGUUAGACAUUAAUUAUAGUAAUUGAAGUAAAUAAAGUAAAUAAACUAUUUUAUGCUAUUAAUUGAUUCUAAUCUAAUAAAUCAUAAUAUGAGGUGUGCACACCUGAGUUCUUUAUGUUCCUUAGGAAAUUGUACUAAAUGUCACAUUUAAUCCUUUAUUAUGAUUUUCCAGCAUCGAGAGGUUCUAUGUAAAUAAAUGUUACUUCAUCAGUUAAGGUUGCAAACUGCUCUUUGCAUGCAGCUAAUUCACCAGUAUUGAAUGGGGCAGGUCUGCUUGCAUGGAACUUGUGUGUCAUUGGAGAUUUCAAUUGCAGGCAAUGUUCUUAAGUAAUUUCUAUGUAAAUAUGUUUUCAAUUUGAACAGUGUGUGUUUUAUCCUUCUAUAGAUAGUUGCCCAUGGGGGGGGGGACUUAUACAUGUCUUUAUCACACAUACAUGUGCAAAUGUUAAUUUAAAAAAUUGUGGUCGCUAACCAGUUUGUUUUGGAAUUCUUGUCAUAUUUCCUACAUAUUUAUAGGGCCCUGCUUCCAUGAUGGCCUACUUGAUUAUUUCAGGCUUUUUCCUUACACGUUUAAGAAGGCCCAUUGGUAAAAUGACUAUCACGGAACAAAAAUAUGAAGGAGAGUACAGAUUUGUCAAUUCCCGGCUCAUUACCAAUAGGUAUGCAUUUGUUUCAAGGCAAAUUGGGGGGUCAUAAAGACCAACUAAGAAAUAAGAUCCUUUCUGUGUUUCUUUAUUUUCAAAAAUUUGUUAACUUGCACUUAUCACAAUCCCAAGAUCAGCUGUUCUCCUGAAUUCCUUGUAGUUAAAACAACUAAAAAAUUCUGAACUAUUUAACGCUUAUUAUUGGGCCAUUUCAAAGAAGAGACAGUUUUCCUGGAUUGAUAUUGUAGCAGCUCUGAAGUGUGGCUUACAGAUGGCAUAGUCCACAUAGAACAAAGUGUUAGGGUAGAGUAGUGCUUUACUCUGCAAAUGGCAGGGAUUAUGUUUUUGAAUUCUCCCAUGUGCUAUUUGUUUUUUGUAAAUCCUGCACAUAGAAACUUAGCCUAGCAAGAAGUGAGGUUCACCCUUUUCUAUUCUAAUGUUUGACUUGCAAGAAGGUUUUUUGUGAGUGUUUUUGUGUGUGUUUUUACUGGUGUAUGUGGGGGGGAAUUCAAAAUUGUGACCACCUACCUGCAGACAGAAGUGGUGGGGGUGGUCCCUUCUGUCGCCCCUUGACUCUUUCACCAGAGUUCUGCCUCAUUCCGCUGGACAGGUAGCCCACGUUUGAUUUCCAGUCGCUCUUGUUGCAUGUAGUCCUUGCAUUUUAUCAUCAUUCUUCUUUUCAUUUCCCCUUUUGCAGUGAAGAAAUUGCUUUCUAUAAUGGGAAUCAAAGAGAAAAGCAAACCAUUCACAAAGCUUUCCGCAAACUGGUAAGUUAGCAUGAAGCAGAACGGUGUGUGUAUGGCUCUUUGCAGAAGAGCUAGAGGGAUAUCUUAAUGAGAUGAUCAUCUAAUGAAAUUAUGUCAUUUAAAAAAUAUAUUUUCCCCAGACACAGUGCAUAAAUUACUUUGUGGCAUAUAUUUCCACAGGCUAUAUUAUUAUAUAUUGUAUUGCCCACCUUUCUUCCAUAGAAUUCACUUUGGAAUAUAUGGUUGUCCCCCUGCCCAUUCUGUCCUUGCAACAGCCUUGUGAGAUAGGCUAGGUUGAGAGAUGGUGACCUGCCCAAGGUUACCCAGUGUCUGAUCUUCAUGGUUAAGUGAGGGGUUGAUUCCUGAUACCUCAAUCCCUAACCCAACACUGUAACCAUUAAAAAGGAUGCAAUCUCCCAAGCAUUCAUUUUGUAUCAUCCUGUUCGAUUUAGUGACCCACCCCAAGGUUGCUUACAUAAUUGAAUGAACGUUGUGAAGCAGAAGUUGCUUAGUGACUUUGUACCCAAAGGAUUUAGCAAGGUUUGAAAGAGGAUUAAGUUUUCUACAAAAGAAUAAAUGGGGGGGGGGGAGGAAUAGCGUAGCUUUAUCAAUUGGAUGGUAUGGCCUUCGACUUGCUGUAAACAUGUUUGAUUUAAAGAAAAGCUGCAGGAAUUUGGGGGUUAUAUUGGAAUAUGGGCAGAACUGAACAAGACAGUGGCAGACCUGUGCUUUCAAACAUGUAUUACCACCCAACUGUAGUAAGUGAUAGUGGUGAGAUUUCCAAUGAAGGUGUGAGUCGGGGUGCUGUGCCCUUCUGCUUGCUGCUUCCCUCUCCCCCAGCUGCUUUUCUCCCAGCUGGGCUUUAGGAGUGGAAGUGAACCUAGCUGGAAAGAAAGCAGGCUAAGGAAGUGCUGAGGAUUAACCCAUCAUAACUCCAUGGGAAAUUACGCUUCACAUCCAUCCCACUGCCGCACUGCUCUCUCCCCACCUGUCUGCACUGCCUCACUCCACCCUGACCUUUUUCUGAGAUGGUAUGCUUAGAUCCAUUAGUUUUACUUUUAGCAGACAAGUUGCCUGCAGCAGUUUUUUGUUUUUUGCAUCCAAGUUGCUGAGGCACCAGAAAGUGCUUCAGGAGGUGUUUACCCAUUCACUUUAAGGUACCUCAUACAGCUCACACAUCCCUCUGAAGCACCGUAUCUUUGGCCAAGGAUUUGGGUUUGUUUGUUUUUAAUCCACUGCACAAUCCUAUUGUAAUAUUGUGCGUGCAAAUACAUAUUACCCUUUCCCAUGUGUUUUCUUGGCAUUACUUGUGAGAAGACUAGUCAUCCUUUUUAAAUGGAAGUUGGGAUUUUCCUGCUUGCCAAAAGGGGGAUAUUGGAUAUGGAGUGCCCAGCCUUGGUGGAACAAUUCCCUCUUGUGCACUGUAGUGUGUUUCAACAUUUGUUUUCUUAUUGCUCCUACAAAUGUACAUAUAUUUUAAUGCUGGCUUGGCAGUGAACUAGACUGUUUUAGAAGCUAUUGAUUCAGUGCUUUAAAUAUAUAGAAUCUCUUGAAAUAAUUCUCCCCCUUUUUCCCAUUUCAAUAGGUAGAGCACUUGCACAAUUUUAUCUUGUUCCGGUUUACUAUGGGCUUCAUAGAUACCAUUGUUGCCAAAUGUAAGUGUGCAUAACACCCCUGGCCCUUUUGUGUGAUAAUCGCAUCGGAGGAAAAAUAAAUUGCAUUGGUGGUUGGGGUGGGGGGAGUUGGCUGGAAGUCAUUUUAGGUUGUCCUGGGCAGGAUAGAGCGACUAACAAAUUUAUUAAAUAUUAAUAAUUAUAAUAUGAUGUAUAAUAACCUCACUCUCAAUUUGUUGACUUCAGUGGCGCACUUAGGUAAUUUUAGACUCUGUACUCAAUUAGAUGGUAAUGUAUUAAUUCACUUUCUUCAUCCGCCAACUCUGCUGUGUUUGGGCACCCUCCUCAUUUUGUGGAGUAGAUCCCCUUAACUUCUGCCCCAAAGUCCUGCCCUGACAACACUACUGUUUGGCUUAGAUCCAAAAGCGCCUUGUAGAAGCCAAAGGGCACUUCUCCGCUAUCCCAUUUCCGCAGAUAACCCACUCCUUUGUAGCACCUCUAUCAUGUCACAUCAAAGGCGGUCCUCUCCAACCCUCGGAACAAACGUUCGGGGUUCUUUAGUCAGGAGUGGGUGUGUGGAAAAGUAGCCUUGCACUAAAAUGGAAUACUCAGGAUGAAACGGUAAAAUCUGCUAUGAUUAAAUGGGCACAGGAUGUUGGACAUAAUAUUAUGUUUGCUGACUGGGAACGGUUAUGGACCACAGAUACGAAGUUUACAGCAUGUAAUGCUUUAAAAGAGAAUAUAAUGAAAAUGGUGUACAGGUGGUACAUGACCCCAGUCAAGCUUGCAAAAAUCUAUCACUUGCCCGAUAAUAAAUGUUGGAAAUGUAAAGAAACUGAAGGUACAUUCUUUCACCUUUGGUGGACGUGCCCAAAGAUUAAGGCUUUCUGGGAAAUGAUAUAUAAUGAAUUAAAAAAGGUAUUCAAAUAUACCUUUCCUAAGAAACCAGAGGCCUUUCUCCUGGGCAUAGUCGGCCAAUUGGUGUUAAAAAAGGACAGAACUUUCUUUAUGUACGCAACAACAGCAGCAAGAAUACUCAUCGCAAAGUAUUGGAAGACACAAGAUUUACCCACUCUGGAAGAAUGGCAGACGAAGGUAAUUGAAUAUAUGGAACUGGCUGAGAUGACUGGCAGAAUCCGUGACCAGGGAGAAGAGUCGGUGGAAGAAGAUUGGAAGAAAUUUAAAGACUAUCUACAGAAAUACUAUAAAAUUAAUGAAUGUUAAAUUGAGGUCUGACUGAAAAUAACUGGUAUUGGCAAAAGUCUUGUGAUUAAGAGUAUGGAAUAUUUGAUGGAUAAAGCUGUAGUAUUUAUAUAUAAAUAGAUUAACUUUGAGUUAAGAUAAAGAAAGGAGGGUAAGGAUUUGCUGAAAGGAGUUUUUAAAUGGAAAUACAAGCGGGAGAUGCGGGAAGUCAAAGAAUUAGGUAAUGAUUAAAAGGUUAAAUGAAGGUAUAUUACUUUUAAAUUUUUCUGUCUUUUUUUCUUUAUUUCCUUUUUCUUUUGUUGUUAUGGAUAUUGUUAUCUAUGUUUGCUUUUUGUUAUGGUUAUUGUUGUUUUCUGUUUGUCGAAUUUUUGUAUUUUUCCACAUCUUUUGGAAUUUGUUUUUGUAAAAACAAUAAAUAUUAUAAAAAAAAAAAAAAGUAGCCUUGCACAAGCAUAGUACCACUCACACUUUCUUGGAUCCAAACAACUACGAAACCAGCUGAAAUGAGUGUAACAGGUGGGUUUGACGAGAAGUAAAGAAUAGAGUUGCAUGCUGUUGCUUAGUGUUGGGUUCAUGUAUCUUCCUCAGAAUCAUUGUAACCUUGUAUUCAUAGCUGUCUUUGAAAUAAACUUCUAAAAAAUAUUUCAGACCUUGCGACUGUCGUUGGCUAUCUGGUUGUUAGCCGUCCGUUUUUGAACCUGUCUCAUCCUCGCCAUCAGAAUAGUACCCAUGCAGAACUUUUGGAGGUAAGCAAUAAGCUUCUGAGCUGAGUUAUAGUGGACAGCAUGCAAUUUGCUCACUUACUCAUGAUCAACCCCGCAUUUUGUCACUUUCAGGAUUACUACCAAAGUGGAAGAAUGUUACUGAGAAUGUCUCAAGCGCUUGGCAGGAUAGUUCUCGCAGGCCGUGAAAUGACACGGUUGGCUGGGUAAGACCAUUAAUAUGUACUAUUGCCAUUAUCUUCCCAAUAAUGUAUAGCUGUCAGGGUAUGGCUUGUUGUGACAUAUGAACCUGGACUCAUGGUUUGUUUCUAUGCAAGCCAUGAAUGGUAACCAAGGUUUCUUUUUGGCUUAGCACUUGUGGUUUAUUUGGAGGAAACAGAUCAUGAACUGAGGUUCAGACAUCGUGAGAAGCCAGGAUCUGGGGAGGAGUGGAGAGAGAACUUUUUAACAGCAUGCAUUAGCAUAUUCCUUGUUCAGCGUGUAAAUCAUAGUUAAUGGAAAAAAUAGUUUAAUGUGAUUUGUGAACUAGUCUAAUUUGUAAUUAUGACUUGCUUGCAUUAUUGCACCUUCAUUUUAAGCUGUUUUGGUUAUUUAAUUAGCUUUUGGAAACACUUUAUUUUUUGAAGAAUAUUUAGUAAUGCCUUUUCAGUUUAAGAAGGUGUCCUUUUUUUAACUUCUAGGUUCACAGCUCGAAUUACAGAAUUAAUGCAAGUUCUGAAGGAGUUGAACAGUGGCAAAUAUCAGCGGACUAUGUUAGCCCAAGAAAAGGGUAAAUGGCGGACUUGAUGUGUCUUUAAACAUAGUCAGACUUGUGCGCUUUCUAAUGCAUGCUUUUCUUUUUCACUUAAGAUUCAGAAUUGGAAAAAGCUGUGCCACUGAUACCUGGCUCCGGACGAAUAGUCAUCGCAGAUAAUAUCAUCAAGUAUGUAAAGUAUCUAUUCUCUUGUUAGAUUUUCUCUCAUUAGCCUUCUUCAGUUCUACACACUUCCACUCCACUCCACUCCACUACACACUCCACACUUUUACAAUUUUGUUUUUAAUUCAGUGCUCACCGGUCUGUUUCCACUAUGCAGGACUCUGCGAAUGUGCAGCUCCCCCAACCACUUUGCUCUUCCCUUGUUUUUUAUCUUUUUUUAUUUCUGGACCAUGGUUACCUAAACCAAUAUUUGAUUUAGAGCGUUAUCUAAUCCCAGACAUGGGGUUGAGCACUCCCUGUGCAGCCGAGGUUUGUUCUGAGCUAACCUUGUCCUAGUUCAGUGUGACAUGGGAGCAAAAAGAACCGCAAGGAGAGAUUUCGGCAAUCAUUACCAGGCAUGCUGUGGCAAAAGAGAGAGAGAGAGAGAGAAACGUUAACCAUGUAAGAUUAUACCAAAGGAGAACUUGAAUGCAAAUUGUACAAGCUUUGCAGAUAACUUACAUAAUUUGUAUAGCCUGAGAUCUUGGGAGAGCUGCAGCCAGUUGGCACAGGCAAUUACCAGUCAAUGAUCUGCAAGUGAGGCAGUGGAAGUGCUGGACCUGUGCCUUGCCUCGGUAAUGGACUGAAUGAGAGCCCACAAACUGAAGCUCAGUCCAGAUAAGACUGAGGCAUUGUUAGUGGGUGGUUCCCUAGACCAGAUGAGUGGGAAGUCACCUACUGUUGAUGGGGUUACACUUCCUCUGAAGGAGCAGGUUCGUAGCUUGGGGGUACUCCUGGAUCCUUUGCUGUCUCUCGAGGCUCAGGUGGCCUCAGUGGCCCAGAGUUCCUUCCAUCAGCUUUUGCUGGUGGCACAGGGAUAGCCUAACUACUGUUGUCUAUGCUCUGGUAACCUCAAGGUUACUGCAAUACGUUAUAUGUAGGGCUGCCUCUGAAGUCGGUUUGGAAACUUCAGCUGGUGCAGAAUUCAGUGGCCAGGUUGCUCAUCAGAGCAAGACUCUUUGAGCAUAUUACACCGAUCCUGGUCCGACUGCACUGGCUACCAAUUUGUUUCCAGGCCCAAUUCAGAGUGCUGGUUUUGACCUAUAAAGCCUUAAAUGGCUCAGGACCGCAAUACCUCAAGGACUGCCUCUUUCCAUAUGUACCUACCCAGACCCUGAGAACAUCGUCUGAGGCCCUCCUUUGUGUGCCUCCUCCUCAAGAGGUCCAGAGGGUGGCAACAUGAGAAUGGGCCUUCUCUUUGGUCGCUCUCUGUCUGUGGAAUGCUCUCCCCAGGGAGGUUCGCCUGGCGCCUUCAUUAUAUCCUUUUUAACUAGGCCUUUGUUUGAUCUGUUUGACAUCCUAUGCCCUUUUAAAAUGUGUUUUUUUGGGGCGUGCUAUUGGGUUGUUGUUUUUAUUUUCAUUAUGUAUUUUGUGGUUUUAUAUCUUGAUUUUAUUCUGUGAACUGCCCUGAGACCCCCAGGUAUAGGGCAAUAUAUAAAAUCAAUAAUUUAUUCUUAUUCUUUAUUCUUAUUCUUAUUUGUGUAAGGCAGUUUUGGAUUAGGUUCAUGCUUGCCCACAUUGAUCAUUUGAUUGAAAGCAUAGUAGAUCGAUUUUACAUCACCCGCUACUUUGUUUAUUGCAUGGUGGGGCUGUGUCUGUGCAUCUUCAGAAAGUAUGGUCUCUUAGUAUUAACAGCAAAGUCUCUGUUUUUUUCCUUGCAGGUUUGAUCAUGUUCCACUGGCAACACCCAAUGGCGAUAUGUUGAUUAGAGACCUCAACUUUGAGGUAUGUCAUGACGUGAGCGAUUUCAUCUUGAAAGAAUGGGAUACGUCCCUUGUCUGCAUGAGGGAAACAAAUGUCUUUCCCAUCCCCUAAUCCUGAAAAGCUUCUCUGGAAGGUUAGUGGACCCUCAUAAAACAGUGUCAGAGGGCCUGUGUUACCCAAAAUUGGGUGGAGGCACUUUGCACUAGCAGAGCUCUGCCUGAUUUGGGGUGAUUCCUCCUCUCCCAAUGUCGUCCCUGUCCCACCAGAGAAGCUUUUCCGGGGCUGUGGAAGGGCACGAAGGAAUGGUAAAGAUCCAUAUAUUAUCAGCCACCUGUUUACAUAGAGUUUGGUUUUAACUCCAAGCAUUCAGUAAGUGGGUAGAAAAAUCUAAACUUUCUCAUCAGAACAUGUGAGAAUAGAACAAUAUUAAUCAGGAACCCAUGUGGUCAACUCAUGGUUUCCUUAGUUUUAGCCUUAUAGUCCAGUCCAUAUGGUUUUAACAGUGUUUCUGUACAGUUAACAAGUUUUUUGUUGUUGACUGUAAGUAUUAUUGGCAGCUCCGUGCGCAAAUCUGCUGCACCAGCCAAAUCACAGGGAUUAUAUGUGCAUUAUAUUGCAUCGUAACAAAUAAUAAACCACUAGGUGUCACUGCUGGGCAACUCUACAGUGAAACUUUAUUAUAAUCACAUGGGAGUUCAAGCAUUUUCUUAAAUAUCUAGAAUAGUCCUGGAUAUAAGGAGGUGCUGUACUAAUUAUAAAAUGGGAAAGUAAACCAAUUUAUUCUUUCAAAUAUGCCUCCUCUUCUUGCAAAUCAACCCAAAAUGUGUUUACUCAAUAGUCCUCUGAAUUUAGUGGUAUUUUCUUUUAGUAAGUUCACUUAGGGAAGCAGUCUUCGUUUGAUCGUAAUUUCCUGCAUCCUCAGAUUCCUAGUUAAGUAGUUGCUAGCUUUUAAAGUUUAACUAAAGACUUCCAAUUGUUGAAACCGAGCAAAGGUUACACUGAGGAAUUUGACUUUUUAGCUUGAAGGAACACAGUGGGUUCGGAAUUUGUUUAAUUUAAUUUUUUUGGCAACUCAUUUGAAGUUUUCAAUUUUGAGUGUUCACGCUUGAAAGAACAUUGUGGAGCAACAAUUUUGUUCAGUGGUUAAUACAGUACUAGGAGACCUGGUUAAUAAAGUAGUUUGAGCUCACAUACAAAUAAAACCUAAGCAGUUACCCAUAUUGCUCAUAGUCCUUUUUUUCAAAAUGUUUAAAUACAUGAUUUGCAUUCCAGGUACGAUCCGGUGCAAAUGUUCUGAUUUGUGGGCCAAAUGGGUGUGGAAAGAGUUCUCUCUUCCGUGUCCUUGGUGAGGUAAGUAAAUGCAGGAGUAAGUAUACCUUUAACAUCAAAAGGCGCAAAAUCACAAUUCAUUGAAUUUUAUUAUUUGUUUUAUCUUUGCAGUUGUGGCCCCUGUUUGGUGGCUGUCUGACUAAGCCUGAGAGAGGAAAGCUGUUUUAUGUUCCUCAGGUAAAGCAAACUGCCAUAGCCUUUGACAUUUCUUGUUGUUUUUAAAAAUGUGUAUCAAGUUGUCUUGAUUCCUGGCAAUUUACUUUCAGAGACCAUACAUGACUCUUGGAACGCUCAGAGACCAAGUCAUCUAUCCAGAUACUGUAGAUGACCAGAGAAGGAAAGGAAUCUCUGACCAGGUAAAACAAUGUCCCAGUUAUUAUUAUUAUUUUGCUGUAAAAGCUGAAGUUCACUGUAAACUUAGGUAAACAUUAAAAACAGCAGCAAAACCAUAACUUUCAUACAGUGUUUGACAGUAUAGCUAUGCUGCUUCUUUUUCGUAAGUAAACUUCAUUUGAUUGAAGCCAUGGCCAAUUCAUGCAACCAAUUUUGUUGUAGUUGCAGUGUGGUGAAUACUAUAGCAUCUGGCUUGUGCACCACUGAAGUUAAACACAGGGUACCUGAGAAGGGGGGAAAGAUGGAUAGGCAAGUUCCAUUAUAGUAGUUGGCGUGUGUAAUACAUCUCCUUUAGUGCUACUGUGCCUUUAAGGCAGAUGAAGCAAGAUAGCUCCACAUGCAGCCCAGCCUAGUAGCGGCAUAAUGGCUCCUGCUACAUCCUUUAUUCUCUUGGUCCCUGUGCUCUGCUUUCCACUCGAGAUGGGAGUCAAGAUGCACAAAAGUCCCUAAUUGGGGAGCCCAGAUGCAUGUGAAGCAGAAGUUCUGAUUGCUUCCUGUCCUAUCUCAAGGCCAAAAGGUGAAAGAUUUAGUGCCACUCCAUAAUGCGAAUGGCUUUGCCCAUCUCGGGGGGAGGGGGGGAGGUUGGGGAGAAAAUGGCAGCCAGGCUUCCUCUUGGCAGUAGUGUUAAAGGCCGAACAAUUUUUAGAACUGCUGUGAGGUUGGUUUUUGUUUCUUGGCAUAAUGAGCAGCAUGAACUUCCAUUCAGCUUCAGUGCAUGGCAUGGACAGCAAUUAAAAGUAGUCACUCCAGUUUGCUGGCAGUGCUUGGUGUUGUUCAGUAUGCAAUCAAACAUUUUGAUCCUGACCAUCUCAGUGUCCUUUGGAGGUGGAGAUGGUGGAGAAAACUGAAAUAAGUCGUAAAACAAGUACAUUUUCAAGCCCGUUGACCUAUGCUGUUUUGCUUCCAGGUGUUAAAGGAGUACUUGGACAACGUCCAGUUGGGUCAGAUCCUGGACCGUGAAGGAGGCUGGGACAGUGUUCAGGACUGGAUGGAUGUUCUCAGUGGAGGAGAGAAACAGAGGAUGGCCGUAUGUGGUCUUUACACUGUCGUUUUAUAAAAUGUUUAUAUUUUCCAGCACCACACUGAGGACUAGGCAUUUAUUGUUUUAAGAACAGCUGUCAGGGACUGGAAUGCAGAGACUGAAAAGUGGGUGAGAUCACCUCCCCCUUCUCCGGCCACUGACAGGGAAGAGGGAGAGAGUGUUGAUUUACAGCCAAGCUAUGAGCAAGAUAAUCAGGCAGAUGCUAGCAAACAGCCUAGUUACAAGGAUUUAACAGAAGCAGGAAUAGAAAGGGGCUGACAGCGGACACUUCAUUAGACAGCAUAGAUGAUCUACAUUUAUUUAAGUAUUUAAGGGUACAAGAGCAUCAUGUGCAGAGGAAUUUGUCCAAGGGAAGACUCCGUAGGAGCGCACGUUUUGCUGGGAAAGAGGGAAGGAGGAGGAGUCAGAGUGAGCAACGUCAUUAUGGUGGCAAGACGUGAAUUCUUGUCUGUUAUCGUAGAGACUGAAUAAAUAAUAAUUAAAGCUAUCUUGUUUCCUCCUGGCUCCUUGAAACCAUCGGGAGGGGAGCGGGGGAAUUCCUCAGGCCUGGCAGCAGCAAAGCUGUUGUCCGAUAUUAAAUAUGAGCAAAAUUGUCCAGUAUUAAAUAUGAGUACAGUUGGAGGCAGCGGUGCUUCUGAAUGCCAGCCGCUGGAAACCACAGGAGGGAAGAGUGUUCUUGUGCUCAUGUUCUUUUGGCAUAUCUGAAAGAAUAGUGGCUUAGGAAGGUUUAUUUCUCCAGGUGAGACUCGUUCAGCAUCUUGCCCAAUAUUUACUCUGACUGAUAGUGGCUCUCCAGGAUCUCAACCAAGGUUCUCUCCAUCACCUGCUUUCUCGCCCUUUUUAACAGCAGGAGAAACCUAAAACCUGCGGCUCUCCAGAUGGUGUUGGACUCCAGUACCCAUCAGCCACAGUUAACACUGCCAGUAGUCAGGGAGCUGUAGUCCAGCAACAUAUUGAGGGUCAUAUGUUCCCCACCGUGGCUCUACAUGCAAAAUGUGUUUUGCCACAUGCAAAGAUCAUAAGGACGCUGUUGCCGUCUUGAGGAUUGUGGGAUGAAUUCGUAGUUCUAUGCCAGAAUAGUUUGAAUUACCGUAUAUACUUGAGUGUAAGCCGACCCGAAUAUAAGCCAAGGCACCUAAUUUAACCACAAAAAACUGGGAAAACUUAUUGACUCGAGUAUAAGCCGGUUCAACACACCACAAAUCUCCUGGUGGGCCGGAGUGUGUGUGUGCAUGCGCGCAUGCGCACACGGCAGAGGGGGCUUCUCUCUCCCCCCCCCCAGCCCCUCCUGUCCUCCUGCCUACCUAGGGUGCUGCUGAGAGGCAGAGGCUGGUGGCGGCAAAGGCGGAGGAAGAACAAGCAGCCCAAAAGGGCUACUUUCGUGCUGCUUGUUCCUCCGCCACCGACAGCGGCAGAGGAGGAGGAGGAAGGAGCUGCCUGAAAGGGCUGCUUUUAGGCUGCUCAUUCCUCCGCCGCCGCCACCGACAGCGGCAAAGGCAGAGGAGGAGGAAGGAGCAGCCCAAAAGGGCUGCUUUCAGGCUUCUCAUUUCUCCUCCUCCUCCUCCUCCAACAGCCUCUGCCGCUGGAAAUGCACUCGCGUGGGACCCUCACUCGGGUAUAAGCAGAGGGGGCUUUUUCAGCAUAAAAAAUGUGCUGAAAAAGUCGAUUUAUACUCGAGUAUAUACGCUAUCUCUUCCAUAUAACAUGACAUAUUUAUUUGGCUAGUUAAAAAGUUCUCUUGUAUGCAAAAAGUUAGUUUGGGUAUACCAUGCUUAAUAAAAAUGUAAAUGAGAAAUAUGUCACAAUAUCGUGUGUUAGAUCUUUUGCAUUUGGUUUUGCAUUGCAGAUGGCCAGAUUGUUUUACCAUAAGCCCCAGUUUGCAAUUCUGGACGAAUGUACCAGCGCUGUUAGCGUCGACGUGGAAGGCUACAUCUACAGCCAUUGUCGGAAAGUAUGUAUGCGUUCAUACUUUCUGUUGUUCAGAUUCCAUUGGCUGUUUGCAUUGUCAGUUAAACUCUAACUUUGAACUGUUCUAACAAGAAGUAUCAAUAAGAUUUUAUUGCUAUAGUGGCCCUAUGUUCAUAUACCUAGAUUGGGUCAACCAUCUCCUAGACUAAAGCACAGGAUACUCAAAACAUGCCCGGAGCGAGAGGGAAUCCAAAUUAGCAAGUUUAUUACUUGGAACUUUCUGCACAUUUUUGGUGCAUUGGAUGCACCAAAAUUCAUGAUGGUAUACAUUCUACUGUGUGAUAAGUAAAAGUCAGUUUGCCAACGUAGAGUUGCAAACAAUUCCUUAGAAGGCAGGUCAAAGUUUAACUCUCUUAAAAUCAAAUUCUGUUGAUUGUCAGUGAGAAAGAUAGUGUGCAUCUUUAAUUCUCCCCCCCCCCCCGCCCAAGUUGUAAUGAAUGGUACUUAAAAAUUGAGUCCAUAUAUGAGAUGUGAUAUGUCUAAUAGCGAUACCAAACCGCAUGAGAGCCAUGAUUAGAACAGAGAGUCAUUUUCUGAAAGCAGCUGGGGAGGGGGAUGCAUUUUGCAUUAGGGUCACAGGGGAGCUUAACCAUCUGGCACCCCAAACCCCUUCCUAGAGCAGCUACUAGCUGUGGAGCUGAAAAUUUACAGGCAGCAGAAUAAAUGUGUUAUAACCUAGGCAGGGGCACUCUGCAGUGGGGAGCUGGUAUGGAACGAAAAGGGUCCACACCCCAACCUCCAACACCGUAGCCCUCUUCCAAAUUGCGCCCCCUCUGCCCCAGCAGUUGCUUUCAGAAAUAGACUUUGGGGUAUCAAAUCACAGCUUCCCUGUACCAUGUAAUGUGGAGCUUUUGAGAGUUUAGUUUCUUUGGAUGAAGCUUAAAGCUUACUUUAUCUUACAUUCUGUCACUCUAGGUUGGUAUCACCCUCUUUACUGUAUCUCACAGAAAAUCACUUUGGAAACACCAUGAGGUAAGAUUUAUCUUGUUUAAACAUAAGUUGCGUGUUUUGAUGUCUGAAAUUCAUACCUCGCUCGUUAAGAUAUACCUUGAGUUCCUACCAGCUCAAGUGUUUUCGAUAAUAAGACAAACAGUUUCACAGCACUUUUGCAAAAUUACAAAAUAAUUGUGCCAGCUGAAGCGUAUUAAUUGUUUAAAACAUUUAUAGCUCACUUUUCCUCAGUGAGCACAAGGUGGUUAAUAGUGUAAGUUAAAAUAGUAAUUAGCCAUUUUAAAAACAUGAAGGAAGCCAUUAAAAAAUGAAAAGAGGAAAGAGAGAAAUUUUUAAAAAUAGCCAUAAAAAAAUGAUGAGCCGUCGCUAUCCCAAUCAGAUAGCUUUCUUGCAAAUGAAAAGUGAGUCCCCAUUCCAUUGUGGCUACCCUGAUGAUUAAGAUAAAAAAAAUACACACCUGACAGUAAUCUUUAUAUAACACAGUCCUUAUCUCCAGCUACUUGUCUCGCUCACUAUAACUUACUUGAAAUUCUAUGCAGGUGAGUGUGUAGACAGGUGGAUGAGGGGGAAAUGGUUCUGUUUAUCCUUUGCAAGGCUGCUGCAUUUCCAUGCUGACAGCAAAAGAAGGCACUCAGCUGGUAAAACCAAGCUGAACAGAGAGGUGGUGCAAAUCUGUCUGGUAAAAGAUACAGUGGUGCCUCGCAAGACGAAAUUAAUUCGUUCCGCGAGUUUUGUCGUCUUGCGAUUUUUUUCAUCUUGCGAAGCACGGUGUCGGGAAAGUUUUGGAAAAGCUUCAAAAAUCACCAAAGUCUUUAAAAACCUCAAAAAAGGCUACCACACCGCGUUCUAUGAGUUGCUCCUCAAAGUCAAGUUGCAACUGUAUUAACGGUGUUAAGAAAAAGGAAACAAACUUGCAAGACGUUUCCGUCUUGCGAAGCAAGCCCAUAGGGAAAAUCGUCUUGCGAAGCAGCUCAAAAAACAAAAACCCCUUUCGUCUAGCGAGUUUUUUGUCUUGCGAGGCACCACUGUAACUUUCAGCAGGGUAGUUCAAAAGGCAAAUCAGGCUAGUAACUUCCCUGGCUUAGUUACAAGGCUGAUAAAAUGCUGGGUCUCCUAAGUGCUUGAAGUGUUUCAGAUAAUUUUUUCACCUUCACUACAUACACGUAUGCUAUAUAAACCCACUCACAGAUCAGGAAGCUGAGACACAGUGAGGGUGAUCAGGUAAGCAGCUGCUCUGAGGAACUGUUAUAUGACUUUCCUGUGAUAGUUGGCGGUUGCACAUAGCUAAAAUGAAACCAUAGUUUAAAAGGCAAUAAGCGCAGCCAUCCUGUACCUAAUUUCCCAAAGCAGAUUCCUCCAGGAUUUCAUAACCAAUUUUAAAUAUGCGAAGAAUUCAGCAUUCUUUUUAGCCAUUUUUCUGCAUAUUUCAGUAGUAAAGAGUUGAGCACGUAGUCAGAGUUAUGAGAUCAAACUUCAGCAACCGGAUGACUUUAUCAUCACAAAAUAAAUAGUUGGAGCUCCUGUCAAUGCCACCAGAUGGAGGUAUAAGACAUGCAACAUUUUACAGUGUUCUUUCCAAGCAGCAAUGUGGUGAUAGGAGUUUCUGUAGACAACCCUUAUUUAAACAGAGAGUAUAUAUUAAAAUCAAGUUAGCUAAUACGUAUUUUUCCUUCUCCUCAGUUCUACCUUCACAUGGAUGGAAGAGGAAACUAUGAGUUCAAGAGGAUUACUGAAGAUACAAUUGAAUUUGGUUCUUAAAAACAACAAUAAUGCAUAAAUCUACAACCUACUUCAGUGACUGAAAACAGCACGGGGCAUAGAAAGGCACAAAGUACAAUGUAAUUUAACAGAUGGCUCAUUCUUUAAACCAAUUACUAAGUGUAGGAUAACAAAGUGUCCAAAACAAGCUGUCGAGGCAUUUAUUAUAAUGUAGGAUAUUACUAAUUUGUGUAUAUGUUGGUUUAAAUAUUACUAUGUACUAAGAAUGUCCUUAUUCUUGUGGUUUUUAAAACCUGCCUAAAUUAAAUUGGGCUUAAAUCACUGUAACUUUGAUUCAUCCUGGGAUGUAAACAUUCUGAAGUCAACUAAUUUGACUUCUGUUUGACCUUUGCUUCCUCUGGGGAAGAACCCUUAUUAAAGUUAGGGUCGCUACCUCCUCUGCUCCCAGUGCAAAGAGACGUGAAUUUCUGUGUCAUAUCCGGAUGCAUCAUUUCAUUGUACUGAAUAUCAUACCUUUUUUCAGGGCAGUACUAGCCUGUUCUAUUUCAUCAUUACACAGGGUAGCAAGCUUUUCCUUUGGCCAAGGGUGGGUGAGUCUUCUUUGCAGAAGCAUUGGGAGAGAAGUGAACCUUGGACCUACAUUUCUAACUGCUAAGAUCUGAGUUUAUUCCAGUGAAGAUCUCAUUCUCAGUCUCUGUCCACAGCUUCCCACUGCUCUUUUGGUCCCAGUCUUCUAUCCGGCUCAAAAAAUAAAAUAAAAUUCUAUUCUGUUGUUGCCUGUGCUUCGUGCACUUCUGGGAAGGGAAGUGGGGGGAAAUGAAGAGGAAUGAGGAAGCUGGGAAAGUUGGAGAAUAAAGAGAAAUAAAAAGUUAAACAUAGGAACUCACAUCUGUAUUUCAAAACAGAGAUCACUGAUGUUAAUAUUUAGAAGUGGGUCUGAUCCAUUUGAUAGCUUUGGGAAGCUGUGCACAGGUUCCUAAUAAAAUGCCAAGGGCACCUGCCCCAUGAAUUCAGAUUUAUUUACUUUUACAGGGUGAUAUACUUUUCUUUCUGGGGCGUGUGUGUAUGUUCCACAUUCAUUGCCUGAGACACAGCAGUUCAAAGCCUUUCAGAACUGUGUCCUGUUAUGUGAUCAUUUUUGUGUGUGUUUGCCUCUUAGGAAUAACUUCCAUGCCAACUACCUAAUGCUUAAUGUUACAUGAGCAGUUCCCAAACUGAUAAUAAGCCAAUCGCAAACUUAUAGAUGCUGGCAAGACCGCAUAUAACUGAGGCUUUAAGGAGUAUCAGUUUUCCAAGUGAAGCAAUUAUUGUUGCUAUAUGAUGUUAUGGGAUCGUUCCUUAGAGGUGGCCCCGUAUAUGGGGCUGGGAAGACAGUGCCUAACUAGUCUGGCUGAUCAAUAAUAUGCCAUUUAGCCCAUAGGAAUUUCUGAAAACCCAUGGAGUAUGACACAGGUCUAGGUAUGUGUCUUUGUUCAUGUGAUGUAACAUAGAAAUACACUACAAGAAGGCAUGCACUACAUAUGCAAAUAAAUGUGAUUGCUGUCUUUCUCCCUCCACCCUUUGCUGUAAAAUCAACAUAAGUUGUUAGUGACCACAUACCAGUCUUGAAUAUCCCCCUUUCACAGUAAGAUACCGCCUGCCAAAUUUUUGUUCUCAUCAUGCUGCUCCCAAUACGGUGCUUGAGUCCACUGUUUAUAAAUGCCAUUUUUCUUCAUGUAUUUUAUAUGAAUAAUCGGUGGAGAGCUACAGAAGGAUCGAGCUUGGAAGCAGCUUAAAAACUGAACUAACUUUAUCUGUCAUCAUUUCAAUUUUUUUCUCCAUACAGUUGUACCUUGGAAGUCGAAUGGAAUCUGUUCCGGAAGUCCGUUCGACUUCCAAAAUGUUCGGAAACCAAAGCGCAGCUUCUGAUUGGCUGCAGGAAGCUCCUGCAGCCAAUCAGAAGCCGUGGAAGCCCCAUCGGAUGUUUGGUUUCCAAAAAUAGUUCGCAAACUGGAACAGUCACUUCCGGGUUUGCGGCAUUUGGGAGCCCAAACAUUCAAGAACUAAGCUGCUUGAAAACCGAGGUACGACUGUAUUUUGUAUGGCAAGGAGUUGCCCUUCUGUACUCCCACUUUUGUUUGUUUGAACAACUUGGGCAGACUGCUUCUGAUACUGGUUGUGAUAGCCAACAUGUGGUUACUGCAAGGUGAUCAUGUUGCAAAGGCUGAUGUUAAACUGAUUCCACAGAUAGAUCUUCUAGCCCAGCAGUUUCAGCUUAGUGAUGAUCUGAUUCAGAGGUACAUAUAACCUAUGAGAAUCAGGUAGCUCUGCUGUUAGUGAAGCUUCCUUUUCCCAAAUAACACCUGCCUUUCAAGUUGAUAUUAUGUAGUGGCUGUUCUUGAGAGGGAGUGGUUUUCUUGAAUGCAUCUGUUUUUUAAAGAACUGCUAUAAUUUUUUUAGAAUGGAAAAUGCAGCUUUUUCAAUAUUUGUAUUCUUUUUUCAGAGACGUCCGCACUAAAAUUGAGUAGUAGUAGAUGAGGUUUUUUUAAGAAUAUUGUAUUUUUUUGUCACUAACUAGCAGAAAGUACCCAUUAUUUAUAGAACAUCUUUUGCAGAUAGCCAAAAGGCGUUGCUGUUUGAGACUUAACACUGAGCACAAGCGUUGUUUAUCUGCUCUAUUUGAUAGACAAAAUUAACUUCAGUAACCAUUAACCAAUAAAACUGAUUCUUUGAAUUAAACGCCAGAUACAAAGUCCAGGGGAACUCCGUAUUCAGAAAUGGUCUUGGCUUUUGCGACAUCUCAAGUUGCAAUAUCCCUACUUUUAUCAAGUCAUCAAAAAUAGUCUGACCUCAUGAGAUAGUAAGUAUAUGAAUGCAAAAUGAACCAGAGCAGUGCUCAAAGGAAGCAGUGUUUGAGAUUAUGCUUUUUAGUUGAAGAAUUUUUUUGAGAUGUGGUGAGUAAUCAUUCAGAAACAUGGUUCAGCUAUGAAUUUGUGCUAUAGUCUUGUAUGUUGAUCGCUGCUUUUAUGAUUGCUUGAACUGGAAUUGUUGGGGUGAUGGGAAGGUCAGCACAAAUGAAGCAGGUCCAUGUCUUCAUUCUGGUGGUAUUUGGUACUCUGGUGAUCAUAGAUGGCUCCCAUUUUAAUGGGACAUAAUUGCUGUACUUUAAUAUAUUGUAGCUUGUAAAGCCCUUUGAGAGGAAAGACACUAUCUAAAUGUAAGAUUUUUCUAUAUAAGUGCCUCUGGAAUAAUAAAUCUGAGACAAAGAUCCUUGGCUUUUUGAAAAAACUGGUCUCAUUCUGAACAUUUUUAAAGCUCAUAGCAAGGCCAGCCAGCGGUGGCGCUCUUCAGAUGUUAUGGACUGCAACAUUAUUCCUUACCGUUGGCCAUGCUGACUGGGACUGUUGGGAGUUGUUCUCUACAGCUUCUAGAGGACACCAUGUUCUCUACCCAAGCUUUACAGAUAGGUGUCCAUAUUACAACAAAUUUGGGAUCAGUAGCUCAUAUUUUAAGAGGCUGGUGCCCGGUACAAUGACAAACAAUCAUACUUUUAAAUCAAACUAUUACUCAUAAGUCUGAAUUGCUACCAUGUUACUAUGGCAAGCAUUUCUUCGAUCUACCACAGAGUUAAAAUCCCCCCCCCCCCGGUGUGUGUGUGCAUGUAUGUGUAGAAAGAAAAUGUAUACAUGAAAGGGGUGCUUGUGUGCUUUUUUUCUAGAAAAAAAGGUGUAGGAUCGCCACCCUGUCCUUCCUGCUUCCAUGCACAAGCAGGAGGGACAGGGCAGCUCCAUGGACGGGCAGAUCCAACCUGCAGAGAAGCUUAUUCCUUGCGUGUCAGCUCUGCAAGCUGACCUGUGCCUUCUGCUUGCUUGCGCAAGCCGGGGAAAUGGCAACUUGCAGAACUAAGGCAGGGGGGACUUCUUCUUUGCGCAUGUCAGCUGUUAGCCCAGGAGGUGUUAUUUUCAGAAGCCACAAUGUAUGUAAAAAUUGAGCUUUGUAGAACACUCUCCCAGUCAUGUCACCUCCUUUGGGCUGCAGCUGUUCAAAGAUCCUCAUAAUACAUUGGAUGACAUGGUAGUUUUCUCAUCAAAUGGGUUCCCCGUUCAUUCAAAGGGGGCUUGUGCUGGGAAACAUCCUAGUGGAUUUGUUGAAGUCAAGCGUGAAUUUGGUAAAGCCGUGGUUGAUCCUCAACAUCUUGUGUAGGGAUGUACUAGACUAGAGCAAAUAAAUAAUUAAA